GGCUGAUAGAACUGUAGGAGGGUGGUGGGGUUGAAGUGCAGCGCGAGGCUUGAUGUCAGUUGGCCUCCUUGGUCCUCGCGCAGGGAUUCUGGAGUCAUAUCCUCUGCCAGCAGCCAGAGCAGGCAUUCCCCGCAGCAGGAGGCGGCGGGAGCGGAGCAAAGAGCCGGGCUACGCUGCUCUGAAACAUUGUGGUGGACAGGCGGAAUAAAAGGGAAAUCCUGGAAAUAAAAGAACACUCUUUGAUACAGCAUCCCCCGCAUUGCUGAAAUAAGAGACUGGCGGCACUGGCACACGAUCUCUAGCAAUUUACCAAUACAAUAUUUGAUGAUCACCGCUGCAGGGAUUUCUAUGUUGUGCUGUCUGCAUUGAGAGGUGGCUGGGGGCCGUCAUUACAGAGAUAUUUCAUUCAUCGGGCACACACCUAGCCCCUCUCUGGUGCCAGUCAGCCCCUAGGACCUGCCCGGUGCCCCCCUGUCGGCGAUGGCGGUGCUAGAUCUGGCCCUGCAGGGUCUCGCCAUCUUCGGCGUCAUCCUCUUCGUCGUGCUGUGGUUCAUGCACUGCUUAUCCAUCGUUUACACGUAAGUGAGCUGCUGGCUGCACACUGCAUGGCCCUAACCUGGCCCCCAUGGAGAGGGGGGGACCUGUCACCCAGGCUGUGUAAAUAUAAUCAUAUAAUAACUGGGAGCCCUGCCUAAUAAUAAUAACAUAUUGAUAAAUAACUGGGAGUCUAAUAAUAUUAAUAAUAGUAACAAAUAACUGGGAGCCCUGGCUGUGUAAUAAUAACUGGGAGCCCUGGCUGUGUAAUAAUAACUGGGAGCCCUGGCUGUGUAAUAAUAAUAAUAAUAAUAAUAAUAAUAAUAAUAAUAAUAAUAACAUAUUGAUAAAUAACUGGGAGUCCUAUCUAACAAUAUUAAUAAUAAUAAUAAAUAACUGGGUGUCCUGGCUGUGUAAUAAUAACUGGGUGUCCUGGCUGUGUAAUAAUAACUGGGAAUCCUGGCUGUGUAAUAAUAACUGGGUGUCCUGGCUGUGUAAUAAUAGCUGGGUGCCCUGGCUGUGUAAUAAUAACUGGGUGCCCUGGCUGUGUAGUAAUAACUGGGUGUCCUGGCUGUGUAAUAAUAACUGGGUGCCCUGGCUGUGUAAUAAUAACUGGGUGCCCUGGCUGUGUAAUAAUAACUGGGUGCCCUGGCUGUGUAAUAAUAACUGGGUGCCCUGGCUGUGUAAUAAUAACUGGGUGCCCUGGCUGUGUAAUAAUAACUGGGAGCCCUGGCUGUGUAAUAAUAACUGGGAGCCCUGGCUGUGUAAUAAUAACUGGGAGCCCUGGCUGUGUAAUAAUAAUAAUAAUAAUAAUAAUAAUAAUAAUAACAUAUUGAUAAAUAACUGGGAGUCCUAUCUAACAAUAUUAAUAAUAAUAAUAAAUAACUGGGUGUCCUGGCUGUGUAAUAAUAACUGGGUGUCCUGGCUGUGUAAUAAUAACUGGGUGCCCUGGCUGUGUAAUAAUAACUGGGUGCCCUGGCUGUUUAAUAAUAACUGGGAGCCCUGGCUAAUAACUGGGAGCCCUGGCUGUGUGAUAAAAAUACUAAUAACUGGUAGCCGUGGUGGCAGUGAGAGCCCUGGUUGUCACAGGUGGGAGGGGUUGCAUUGUUUGGAAGAUGGGUGCAGUGUUCCUGUCACUAGGUAUUGAUACACAUACCCAGCCCCCUCCCCUUGACACUGUCACCAAACACCACUCUCUAGGCACCACAGAGGGCCUGCCUGGGGACUCAUUGCUGCACCAUGGAUGCAGUGUGGACUCCCUAACAUAGACACUGAACAGGCAAUUGUGCAGAACUGAUAAUUUUAUAGCUCACACUAACCAUAUUGAAGAAAACCUCUUCAGCUAUUGUCCUAGCUGAGCAACUUUGCCCUAAAAUUUAGUUUUCUCUCUCAAGACUGCAUAAUUACCUGUUUAGUGAAAAAUAAUCCAUUGUGUCUGCUACCGUUUUAUAUCUUUAAUAUGGAGAAGUCCAACUAUUGUAUUCCCUCCCCAGUCUCCAUGUAUCUUAGACUAUACCAGUAUUGUUGGUUGAGUGGUUUUCCCUUUAGAUUUUCAAGAUGAGGAUUUUUUUGCGGCCCUGUGCUCUAUUUCUGAUUGUCACUAGUCAAUCAUAAGCAGAAAUGCUGAACAUCGUACAUGAAUUAUAAAUGCAUUUUCCUCUGAUAUUGAUUUUCGCAUUUUAGGAGAGGGCCAUACCACCCCACCCUCUCCUCUCACACCAGUUUAUACAAACGCUCCUUUCUUCCAACCUCCUGCUUCUGGCCAUCCAGUGAAGAUCAGGGGACUCUUGAAUGAAGCAUCAUGUGUUGAGACUGAAAGGCAGGAAAUCCUUUUAUCAGCCUGUAUAUAUGUCUGGAGAAGCAGUUAAAAACCCUCUGUCUAGUCCUGGCAGACAAGCUUUUUUUUCUUUUCUUGGUGUGUGGCUGUGUAUACCAUGGUUUCAGCAUUUCUUUCCUGCCUAUUUAGAAGGAUAUGGGUAAUUCUUUAACUGGAAAAGCUCAAUUAUUAUUAUUAUUUUGUGUGUGUGUGUGUGUGUAUGAUCAAACACAUUUUAAAUAAAUAUCUACUACUUUGUUUCUGAAAUGGGCUUAUAUACAUGUAUUCUUGUCUGCUACACGUCCUUUGUUUAUAGGCACACAUGGAAUAAGCUAAUCUAAGUGUAUUUUACAUUUUGUGCAUUUUGAGAUCGCCACUCUGGAAUUCUCUGCUCCAGAAUAGGUGGAAAAAAUAUUUUAAAGCAGUACAGAUAUCUGUACCAUCACCAUUAUUUCUGAUGGCAGCCUUUUGGGAACUACAGGAAAUACUGUGUUCCAUAAAUUAUUUAUAGUAUGUGUAAUGCUAGUACAAUAAAUAGACAUUCAAAAAAACGUAGCUGAGGUGACCGUAAAAAUUUUUUUUAACGUUACUAUUAAGGCUCGUAAAGUAUUGUGGGAGUCUUACUUUUGCAAUAGUUGGGACGCUACAUUUUGUCCAUCAUUGCUACUUGAUAUAUAAAUUGUGGAUCUGUCUUUCUCAAUGGGAUAUUUAACAUUGCUCUUUACUCAUCUAUCGAUUUGCUUUAUUUGUAUAUUAUAUUUUUUUUUUAAACUUUUUACACAUAGUAGUGUAGUGGACAACUGUGUAUUGGUGUAGAAUUCUGUAUUGUCUAGUGUGAAACUGUAUGUAUGAGUGUUGAAUUUAGCACAAGUGUUUUUAUAUAUAUAUAUAUAUAUAUAUAUAUAUAUAUAUAUAUAUAUAUAUAAUUAGCUGAAAAGAGACUUGCGUCCAUCAAGUUCAGCCUUCCUCACAUUUGUUUUUUGCUGUUGAUCCAAAAGAAUGCUAAAAACCCAGUUUGAAGCACAAUUUUGCAACAAGCUAGGAAAAAAAUUCCUUCUUGACCCCAGAAUGGCAGUCAGAUUUAUCCUUGGGUCAAGCAGUUAUUACCCUACAUUGAAAGAUUAUAUCCUUGAAUAUUCUGUUUUUGCAAGUAUGCAUCUAGUAGCUGUUUGAACAUCUGUCUGGACUCUGAUAAAACCACUUCUUCAGGCAGAGAAUUCCACAUUUUGAUUGUUCUUACAGUAAAAAAACCUUUCCUUUGCCUUAGACGAAAAUAUAUAUGUGACAUGUUCCACAGAGUGGUUUGAGGAGAUGAAUAGUGCCUGCUGGUUUUGCUGGCAUUUAAUGUCACACUUCUUUUCAGAGCUCUACACGUUUAAAAAAAAAACAAACAAACAAAAAAUACCUCUGUAGGUAUAAUGGAAAACAUACAUUUUCUGUCAUAACAUAUAUCAAUGGUGUGCUAAAAUGGUACAUCGAUGGAAACCUGUCUGGAAAGUGCCACAGUAUUGUUUUGCAUAACUGAUGCAUGUUAGCUACAAUUUAGUCCCCAGAACCACAGUGUAAUGUAGUUGUUUUGGUGUCUCUGUCCCUGCAGGUAUUUUAAUGUAAACACUGUCUUUUCAGAGAAUACCUAGUGUUUACAUUACAGCCUAGGGACAACUCUAGUGGUCACUCCUCAAAUUACCAAUACAGGUGCUUUGUGGGGCAGUGCUGCUCAACAGACACUGAACAUUCCUUAUAAAGAUGCAUUGAUUUUAUGUAUCACUAUAAGGAGAUGCUGAUUGGCCACGGUGGUGUUUAGCCUACCAAUGCUUUUCUAUGGGAAUGCAUUUUAUUGGCUGGCAUCAUCAGUUUUGAUGAUCCCUGCCAAGGAUGUGGAUCGCAGGUGGAAGCAGCGCCGGCACACCCACGCAGCUUUGGAAUAAAGAUGAGUAAACUCACCUUUUAGUAGCUGGCCGGGGGACCUAAACAUUGCUCUCACGGCUAUUGUGUCCGGAAUACAUAUUUGUAUUCCUGUCCCUAUAGUGUUCCUUUAAACCCAAACAAGGUUAUUCACUAAAGUGAGAGUUUAAGGUGAUUUGAAAUGUAAGGUCACAAUAGUUGAAACUGAAAAAUUCUCUGUCAGCGAUGCUUUCAGAUUGGAUACUCUGGCUUUAAGUUUAAGAAACACAAGAUCACUUUAAAUUCUCACUUUAGUAAAUGGUCCUGUAAGUCUUAUCACAAUGAUAAGGAUUUUGAGGUAUAUUCACUGACAAAAUUUAGACUUGGUUAAAAAUAGAAGUUGAGAUUACAAUGAAAUAGAGCCUUCACCUUGUGGUUGUUGUCACACAAUGAAAGGCCCAUAUUUGCGGUUUGCCAUUUGAUAUAUAAUUUAUCUAUACAAUUUAUUUAUUUUUUCUCUAAAUGUAUUGCAGGUUUUCCCAAGUUAUGUAGAACAGCAAUGGUUUUGUUGAACGUUAUUGAUCUGAACUCGAGAUAUUCUCAAAGUUCCCUAGACUUUUUGUACUUAUGCAAAAAGUCUGGACUUUGUUCAUAAAACCCUUUUAUUCAAAGACCAUUUCCAUGCAAUUACCGCAGUUCUAUAUUUAAAACUGAUUUGUACCCUUGGGAGCCAGUGAGCAUUUAACUACUCCCAAUGGAAUUUUUCGUCUUGGUGGCACAGCUGAUUGUUUACGGUUACCGUGUUUCUUAAUGGCUACUCUUUUCAAGGUUUGUUCAACCCAUUAUGUCCACCCUUCCUUUUUUCAUCAUUGGUUAACAUUGUUGUUUGUGGUUUGGACACACAUCUUUUGUCAUGCAAGCUUUAGAUCCACAUCAAGAACCUUUUUGAUGUUGUACAUUGUUUUGUAGAGAACCCUGCCAGUGUUAUUUUACUGACCCCUUUUUGCUCUAGUUUCUAAUCUGAUAUACUUGCAAUUUAUCAGUUAACGUGUGUUUGAUUUCAUUUGUAAUUUGAGUUUUGGCUUGACAGGUUUCAGAUGUACAGUAAGACAAUUUUUUGGUAAUUCCUUUUGAUCUAAUGUAAAACUUAAGACACACAAACAACUUGGUAGAAAUAAAUGUAACUUUUUGAGGCUUUCAAUCUUUAAGCGGCAUUAAUUGUAGUGGUUCUGGAUCAAAAACCCGUGCCACAAAAUAAGACUAUCCAAUAUAGCAAUUAAAUGCAUUUUUAAUAUCAAAACAUAAUUCUGUAGAAUUUAAUGGUUUAUAAAUUUGCCCAUAAAACUUUUUUUUUUUUAAUUCAAAAGAAUUUAGGAUUUACAUCUACUGUGAUUAAAAAAUAAAUAAGUUUUUUAUUGGAAGAAAAACCCCAAACUUAAACUCUGCAAAAAUAUUCAAUAAUGUGCUGUUCUAGUCCAAACAUGAAUUGCUGGUUGAGAUCUAAAUCUCCAAGUGUAGAAAAAUACAUCCUAUUUCAAUUAAUUACUACUCAUGCUGAAGAAAGCUGGUAUAAUUCAGAGAGAAAUUUAGGAGCCAACUUUAUUUUUUUUACUUUUAAUAACGUUAAUUCUUAUUUCACAAGCCAUCUAUCCAUUAAAUCUGUAGAAUUGUAAUAAAAAAAAAAAAAAUAUAUAUAUUAGGCUGUUAGUGUAGGACCUGCCAAAGAUGGGGUACAUUGACGUUGUGGCAGGCUUAUGCAAUGUAUGAUCAUAUAAUGUAACUAAACCCCCAUUAUUUUUGCCUAGAUUAGGUGUUUUUAAAAAAACUAAUAAAAUCUUUCAACAUUGAAGUUGCCGUUUAGUGGAUAGGUGAGUGCGCUGGAUCUUGUGUUUUGUGUUUUAUAUAUAUAUAUAUAUAUAUAUAUAUAUAUAUAUAUAUAUAUAUAUAUAUAUAUAUAUAUAUAUAUAUAUAUAUAUAUAUAUAUAUAUAUUUUGGACUCUCCCAAAUAGUAUAUAUUUUGCCUUUUGUGGUUAUCAAGCUUAUAUAUGUAGCCGUUAAACACACAUUAAUAACAUGUAAACUUGUUUGUUAUUUUUAUUUUAUUUUUUUUAUUCUUCCUGUUACUAUUUUAAGAUUGCAUAAUAUGGUGCUCUCACUAUAGCUGACUGAUAUAUAUAUUUUUAUAUUUCCUUAUUUUUGGUACAUGCUGUACAGUUCAGACAUGAUUUCCUUGAUAUCACUUUCAAUCAACGUAUGAUCUGUUAAAACUGACACCUCGGUUUUCAGUUCCGGUACACAGACCUGGAACUUGUGACCACUUUUAAUUGCUUUAUGGUUUUCAUUACUUUUAAAUAUUUAUUUAUGCAUUUACGGUAAGACACUGACUUUGGACCCUAAAUAAAUGUAGGACCAUUGAGGAACACUCCAAGAACCAUAACUAUUACAGUCUGCUGUAGUGCCUAUGGUGCCAGGAAUUCCCUUACGACCUCCAAAGUAAUUUUGUCAAGCAGUUUUAAAACUGGUUUUACUACUUACCUGUGUUCCCUGGGGACCCAACAGCAUCUUGCUUUUCCAACUGGAGAAGCCGAUUGUCUGCUUUGAGCUAGGCACGGCUCGAUUCAUAGCAGCACUCAUUGGCUGACAGUGCUCAGUUACAGCUCUCAUCCAAGGCUAUCAGCCUUGCUUUUAAGGACAGGAGAAACUGGGAGCAGUUUUGGUACUAUGAUGCUGUGUAAGAAACAUACACUGUCUACAUGUAUGAUCUAAGACUGACUAACGCAAGAGACACUUAUUGUUUAAGAGAGUAUAUGAUUCCUGGCAAUUAAAGUGGCAGAAGCCUAAGAGGACCUGUGGCAUAAAGCUGACCGUGAGGGACAGCCUGAGGUAAAUAAAACUCACCUGCCUUGACCACCUGGCCAGCGGACCCACGCUGGAUCUGCCUGUUUCGGUAGUCUUUGCAAAAUAUGCAAAGACCCCGAAAUUGACAUUCACUUUAAAGGGUCUAAUCAUACGGAUGUAGCAAGAUAAAAAUAACAUCCAUCCUUUACUUCAAAGAUAUCAUAUACAUCAAUGUGGAUAUUGAUGAUUCUACUAUCUCAUGAGAUUUCAUUGCCUUCUUAGUAAACCAAAGCUUUGCAACUAUAUUGACUUGUUUCUAGACUGCAUAAAAGUAACGUUCGAGUGAAAAUCUAAACCUUAGAUUAAGAUAACAAGUGUUGGAAAUAGACUAUUAAGCCUUUUUUAUUUGGAUACCUUUUUGAACUAUAAUAUUAAAAGUAUUAAUGUAAAGCAUUUUACAUUCAGAAGAAAUAUGUCAUCUCAUUUGUGAAGGCAAGUAAACCUUUAUAUUUCAGACCGCAGUUGGCCUGUCUAACUGUGGGAUAAAAGCAGCUUUGCAGAACUAGUUUCUUGAGAUAUCAAGAAGUAAUCACAGGCUUUGCUGUCCCCUUUAAACCAAUGCUUUCAGUUCUUGACUUGGUCCAUGAUUUGCAGUUUGUGCACUCUUGGUGUGACACAUUGAAACAGAUGUCAGUGCACAUAGCUGAAUAACGACAGCUGUCUGAGUCUGAGCAUUUCAUCUGCAGCCCUUUAACUGUCACCUGUCAAAAUGUCUACUUAGAACCCACUGCAUUUAUACACAAACACGUUGUGCUCUGUUAAUGUCUGUAUGCACCAGGCAAUCCUGUGUCAUUGCCAUUAAAAUAUGAGUCCAAGUACUAUAAAUUAGUCAUCAUACAGAACAUACACUCUUAUGAAUUUAUUCACCUAAUUCUAUAUUUACAGUUUUUACUGGCUUAGAUUCUGCAGGGCCAACAAUGCUUUAAUUUUGUUACUCCAUCGUCUGACAACCUUGUUCUCUAUAAUUAUUAUUGCCUAAUCAAUAUAAUAAUUCAGUUGCUGUUAGUUGAAACCAAUCAUUACAUGCCCUUCUGGUUCCUUUUAAAUUGUAUAAAAAGGCAUGUACGUGUCUCUCAAACCCUCCCCCUUUUUCAUUUUUGUGUUUGCCUUUCACAGUGUUUUGUUGGUGUUACCGAAGUAGAAGGGCAGUCUACAUUACCUUACAACUGGUUAUCAACUCUGAAUGGGAAUAGAAAGCUGUAACUGGCUUUGCAUUAGCUGAUAUUUCAAAGAUUGAGUAACAUGGUCUUGUAAUAGAUAGAGCAACAAGUUAUAAUUUGGGCUUAAUCUGCCAAAUUCCUUCAGGUUUGUUUCACCAACUAUUUCCAGUACACUCAUGGGAUAGUAUCUGUGGCUGAAAGUAAAUAAAUGUUUUGGGUUUUAUCAAGUGAAUGAAGAACAGUGUUCUUGUCUCCAGUAAUCAACUGUUGGGCCUUUUAAUGUAAAUCUCUGAAAGUAUUGACCUGCAAACAAGUACAAUCAUUGGAAAAAGAAAAGACACCCACUUCGAAUUCUGUGGUUUUUUAUAUCUGGAUAUAAACAAGGUAAAGAAAACCUCAGACGAACAACUCAUGACGUAUUACACAGGUCUCAUGAUUUAACAAAAAUAAAGCAAAAAUGAAGAAGGCAAAGUAUCAAACAGGUGCUGCUAAUCAAAUGCCCUUUAUUAACUGAUCAUCAGCAAGUGUGACCACCUCUAUAAAAGCUAACGUUUUAGCAGUUUGCUAGUCUGGAGCAUUCACGUUUGUGUUAACACAAUGCCAAGACAUCCGCAAUGAUCUUGGAGAAGCAGUUGUUGCUGCUGCCAAUCAAACUGGUAAUGGUUCCAAGGCCAUUUCCAACCAAUUUAAAGUCCAUCAUUCUAUAGAGUGGACGUGCCAGCAAAAUAAGAGAAGGAAUUGGAAAACUACUCCAUGUUUGUAAAUGCAAGAAAACCAUAUGGCAGAAAAAGGAAAGAAACUAGACAAGAUGGAGAAUAGUGGAAAAGAGUAGAAUGUGAUGUUGGGGAGGCAGAACUGUAGUUCACGAAAUGCUUAGGUGCAUAGUUACCCAUCUGUGCCCUACAUACAAAAUAGAUGGUUUGGUUACUUGCUUCAUAUAAGUUGGAGUUUACCUUGGUAAUAAUAAAAUUCAACUCAUUAUUAUUAUUAUUAUAAUAAUAUUGAGAAGGUGAUUUGCACGAACUGUGCAUGACUAUAAACCCUUGAAUGUUUAGUUCUGCCAGACAGACUGACAGUGUUUUAAACCACAUACAAUACACUGACACUCAAACUGCAGUACAGUUUGUAUAGAAGUGUGGACCUCAAACACAUCCUGAAAAUCUUCUUCUGCACAAGGCUCACAUGCUAGGCAACUGUUGCUGGGGUGUCUGAUAAUGCAGCUAUUAUUGAUGCAAUGCUCAGGUAGCAAACCACAGUAUGGGAAUCCUUAUCCAAAGCUGCUGGGGUCUCCUCAUGGUUGUGCUGACACAUAAAGCAGUAUUCCUUAUACUGAUGAACAAUGGUACUUUCUUUGAAUCAGUCAUUUCUAGUGUUGGCUCACAAAGGUUUUCUGUGCAGAAAGAUGUUAAAACUAAAGCAGCAUAAAAUUAAUAUAGACUCCAAAAAUGAAAUCUACCUAAUUUACUCCUAGCAAAAUCCACAAGUACGUUUAGUGUUAUUAGUUCCUAGCUACUGCAAUAAGUUGUGUUUAUAUAGCUAAAGGAAUUCGCUUCUCGCUGAUGCUUGCUGAGCUCUCAAAUAAAGACUCAAAACAAUUAGAUAUGUUGUCUAGGGACUAACAUUCACUGGCGUGUGUUUCCUUAGCUUCUCUUGUGCCAGAGUUUACUCGCUGGGUUUUCUGUCUGGUUAACAUGGCUUUAUAACUUGUGAACCAACUCAUUUCUGUAAAUUUUAAGAUCUAUUUAUUGCACUGUCUGUUUGCUAAUCCAUAGUUUGUUUUUGUAAGAUAAUUUAAUUGCCAUAUUAAAUAAUGGUUAUUAUAAGUGGUUCACUUUAGGCGUUUACUUUAAAGAUCUGGGUAUGAUUGCAUUUCAUAAUGCAUUUCAUCGUGUACACCAUGUUUGCCUACAUCUUCUGGUGGACAGUUGAAGGUGAUUUAUUUAGCAGAGGAGUAUUCAUAUCUACACGAUUGGGGGAAUCUCUGAGAGCAAAGGAGUAGGUAAUAGAAGGAUAUUUUGAUGCCAUGUUUAGCUCCAACAAAGAUGAGAGGGUCCCUAUUGGAAGCUUUGCUAAAAAUUGAUGAAUGACCAGAUGAUAAAAGCAUGGACCAUUUGAACAGAAAUAUAUACAACAGAAUUGCACAUACUUCAUAGAAGCAGAAAACGAAAGGUUGGUAUUAAGAUGAAGGCCAGUUUAGUAUUAAAACCGUAAAGCAACACCAUAGUAUUAGGAAUGCAAAUGCGGAUUCCUAACGCUAUAGUGCCCUAGUCACCAUUCAGGUGAACGGACCCUGGUGCCAGGGUUAAAAAGAUGAUUUUACUUAUCAUUUCUCCCUUGCAGGACUGGUCCCCAGCGAGAUUAUAAAGAUUAAUGAUAUCCCCCCAAUAUAAAGCCUUGAGAGGCUAGUAUGCAUGCAUGUCAAAAUUCUGCAUCAGUCAGACUCUCCCUCUGAGACCAUCUAAUUGAACCUUUGGAUAUUUACUCCACUAUAUCACGGAUGCAUCUCUAGUGGUUGUCAAUAUUGUCAAUAUGACAGCCACUGGAUGCAGCUUAACCCUGAAAUGGAAACACUACCAUUCCUGCAUAACGGCAAUAUUUAAUGGACGAGGUGUGUGUGUGUCUCUAUAGAAUGAUUUUAAGAGCCAUACUUUGGUUAAUCAGAAAGAUUGGUGAUCCUGAAUUUUGCAUUCAUGAGAUAAGGGGCAUUUCUGAAGGUCACUGUAAUAUGGUUGUAUCUCUAAUGGUGGUUGUGGUUUUUUUUUUUUUGGGGGGGGGGGGGGGGGAAGGAGGGGGUUUGGUUUAUGGCUUGAUAUAAAGUUCUGUAAAAGUGUACUCCUAUUAAAAAAACAAAAACUUAUCAUUAAAAUGUUAGGAAUGCAAACAUGUGUUUCCUUGUUGCUAGUGUGAGGGUUAUCGAACUAAAAGAUCUCAGCAAAUCCAAUGCUUCCCCAUAGAGGAACAUUGGAAGGCUACAGCGCAUGCACAGUAGAACGCCAUGCAGCGCCAAGCAAAUGAUGUAAGAUCAUUUGACCAUCAUAAAGGACCACUAUAGUGCAAGGAAAACAUACUCGUUUUCCUGGCACUAUAGUGCCCAGAGGGGACCCCCUCCCGCCGGGCAUUGGGAAAAGGAAGGGGUAAAAAUCUUACCUUUCUCCAGCACCGGGCAGUGAGCUCUUUUCCUCCUUUCCACUUCUUCUCCUCUUCUUCGACUGCGCAUGCGCGGCAGCAGCUGCGCGCGCGCGCAUUCAGCCAGUCUCCUAGAAAAGCAUUCAUAAUGCUUUCCUAUGGACGCUUGCGUCUUUUCACUGUGAUUUUCACAGUGAGAAGCACGCAAACGCCUCUAGCGGCUGUCAAUGAGACAGCCACUAGAGGCUUUAGAGGCUGGAUUAACCUAUUUAUAAACAUAGCAGUUUCUCUGAAACUGCUAUGUUUAUAUAUAAAAAAAAAAAAAAAAAGGGGGUUGACCCUAGCUGGACCAGGCACCCAGACCACUUCAUUAAGCUAAAGUGGUUUGGGUGCCUAGAGUGGUCCUUUAACUCUGCAGUGGAGGCAGAAGUGCCUCUAGUGGCUGUUACACUGCUGCUGUAGGUGCAUUUACCCUUCCUUGUAAACAUUAUUUCUACAAUACAGGAAUGUUUUACAUGAAAGGGUUAAAAUCACAUAACCAGUGCAAAAAGUGUUGACAUGGCUUCAUGGGACGAGAUGUUUAAAAUUUGAGAAGGUACCAAUACAGCUGAAAUGUAAACCAUCUGAUGAGGAAGUAAUGGAUGUGACCAGCAGUAUAUAUUCAUUAUGUACUGAGUGUAUGCAUAGUGUAUACAUUUGUAGUGUACAGCUAGCAUCGCAUUAAUGGCAUUCACUGACCAAAAUGCACCCAUUGGCUAAAAUAUAAUUUAGAAUGGUGUCUGUGCUAAACCAUUCCUGUGCAGCUACCACAUCUGUUUAUUCUGAGGAAGAACACUUGCCACCAAAGGGCGGUUGUUCGUGUAAAGAGUUCAUCAACUAAACUAAUCUGAAUGGAAUCAAAUGUGUCUGACCCAUACCGUUACUGGUCUAUUUUUAUUUUAAGAUAUUCUGGAAAUGCAUUUGCCAUCAUAUAGCAGCAAUAAAGUAUUUCUCCUUUACACCCCCUAUUUUUCUGAGAUUUUAAAAGUCUACUUUUCCCACCAAAGUCUUUUUUUAACCCCUUAAGGACACAUGACUGACAUUUUCUGUCAUGUGAGCCUUUUACAUUUGAAGCUGUGUCCUAAAUUCAAAUUUGGGGUUAAAUUGUAAGAAUAUUUAUUUUUUGGUAGACUAUUCAAGUACAGCUUUAAAUCCCUAUGUAAUGGUUUUAGUGCCAGGAGUGCCCUAAUGAUCUUCCAAAGUUAUUUUUGAAAACCUUUUCAUUUUGACAACUUGCCUGGGUCACCUGAUUGAUAUUUGAUCAGUUUGGACCUGCUUAGUUCAGUGGAACUACCCAUUUUUUCCUGUAAGGACUCAGGGAGUGUUCCUUUAAAUGGUGACAUGUUACAGACUGUGCCUUCAUAUGUGUAGCAGCUGCUGUAUCUGGGUAAUAUGUAGAAUAAAUUAUGUGUUCUUGACAGUAUUUUCAUUCUUACAUCUUAUUCCAAACUUUAACCCCUUAAGGACGCAUGACAUAUGUGACAUGUCAUGAUUCCCUUUUAUUCCAGAAGUUUGGUCUUUAAGGGGUUAAAAGCCACAAAUUAAUCAUGUUUUCACAUGAAUUCUUAAAGAAUAGCUCACUGUUUUGCAAUUUUAUAUAGGCCUUGAUUUAAUCAGCUUUCCCAAUGAUUUGUUUACAAAAAUCCCAUAGACUUUAAUGUUGGCUUCUGGAGAUAAACCACUUGAAUACUUUUCUAACCUUAUUUAAUCAUUUGGAAAGCUUAUUAAAUUGAGGCUACAGUCUUUGGAGAAAUCCUAGAGCUCUAAUCAGACUUAAAAGGCUACUGUAAACGCCAUAAUCAAUAUAGUUCAUUGUUGUUCAUAGCCUUUGGGCCACAUCCAUCCAUUUGCAUCAUCUCUGUUUUGAGAUAUUUGUCAAAAACAAAGGCUCUCCCAGCACCUACAGUAUGGGGUGUACCUUACCUAUUACAGAGAUGGACCUCAACUUUUAGCAGCAGUAAUAGACUGGGAGCAGUGGACUAACCCAGUCAAUAACUGCGAAUAACUAUAGUGGUUCUGAUACAUUGGAUGCCUUUUUAACACUGGUUUAGUUUGACACCCAUUAUUUCUUUAAUAUUCCUUCUACUCAAUGUACCCAGUGUUGCAACUACAUAAAUAAUUGCAGUGGUCUGACAAAGCUGCUGUAAUGUAUAGUGAGCUGUUCCUGAAUAAGAAUUACGGUGCUAGUUGAAAUAGUUGUACUACAUUUUUGUUUGUUUUUUAUUUCUCAAUGAAAUAAUUUGUUCAUUGUAUUUUCAGGAGGCUACACCUCAACAAGAAGGCAUCAGACAAGCAACCAUACAGCAAGCUUCCUGGUGUUUCACUACUUAAACCACUUAAGGGGGUUGACCCUAACCUCAUCAACAACUUAGAGUCCUUUUUUGAGUUGGACUAUCCAAAAGUAUGUAUAUUUUUCCAUUUUCUAGUCCUGUAUAAAACUGCCUCAGUUUGAUUUAAAAACUUUUGUGACUAGUGUCUUGCUAGCUGUGCUUUAGCACAGAUCCAUUCACUGGUCAUGACUGGUCUCUGUGUGCCAGAAAGCGCUUAGUGGAAAUUUUAGUGGCUAAAUAAGAAAAUGCAUGUCUGGUAAGUAUUUAAAUACAACUAUCUGUUGCUUUCUAUACCAGUAGUCAGUGUUUCCCUUGGCUGCUGAACAUGGCCACACUAUAUUUUGAUUGUCAGUUCAGCACAUCCUGUAAAAGAUUGCUUAUUUUUAAAGCUGUCUCAUUGGACAGCUACACACUAAAUUAACACACCCCUGGUAUUUGAGAGCAAUCUAUAGAAUCGUGCCCAGUAACUAUACACAGAGUUCAUGAUCGCACAGCCCAAAAUAUUUAGUGAUUUGUUAGUGUUUUCAUUCUCAGAAAUACAUAAAAUUAGUCAUUAAUGGCUUGAAUCCUUUUUGACAGAUUCCAGGUUAUUACGUUCAGUUUCUGUUUUCUGCAGGAUGGACAGAGGAUCUAAAGUAUAGUUUAGUAUAGUAUAGAUAACCUAUUUUAAUGUGUAAUUAUGGAGGGUGAAUACCCUCCAUAAUUAUAUAUUAAAAUAGGUUAUCUAUACAUGUCUGAAAAUACUUACUACAAUGGUUGCCAAAAGAUAGAUCCCCAAAUGUUGUAAAACUAAACCUCCCACACAAUGCUUUGCUACUGUAAAGCGCAGCAUAGCGUCAUAGUAGUUGGACUGCAGGGAUGGACAAAAGGCAGUUCAUUGGGUGUUGUAGAAUUGUAGUAUAUAUAGUUAGACUCGGAGAUUGCAGGCCAAUGAAAACCUAUAAUAUGUAUAUGGUUGUUUCCUUUUAUAGAUAAAUUAAUAACCUAGACUGUGUGAAUGUUUAAAAAUGGUAUUACUUGUCUAAACAAUAUUAGUACAUUGAAAGUCUAGGCUAUCAGUUCCUGUUUUAAGGGAAAACUAACUUAACAUUUUUUCUAAGUGUCAUUUACACACUCCCUUUGUGUGGCUUUUCAGUUGCCAAUAAUGAAUGUUUUGAGGGUCUAAGUCGCACGGAGUGAGGUUAGAUGUAAUGGACAGUGAAGAGAAAUUGGCAGAAGUAUGGUCAUUGUGUGUUUUGACUGUCGAAAACCUAAAAUAAUUAUAGGAACUAUACCAGAAGUGAAACCUUUUUGUAUUUACUCUUAAUAUGAAAAGUGGAACUUAAACCGCUCUGAUUUUCAUACAGACUGUUUAUCGAGCUUGUUUUUUCCACCGGUCCCAGUGCUGCGAAUGUUACCAGUGUAUGAUAAUUCUGUAAUGUUAAAAUUACUUUUCAGUGCAAGCGCAUACUUUGCCAAGGUAAACAUAAUCGCCACAACGUGGGUCAACAACUCUGCUGCUGUUCAGUGCAGACAAAAAUGAAAUUAUUAGGUCAAAGAUUGUUUAGUUUGGACAGUAAAAUAAGCAUUCAUCAGUUACUCUAAAAUAGAAUACGAGAAAUUUCUUCUUGUCUUCAAACCUCACGUCAAUGUGCUAAUAAAGUAAAUGUCUUCCUGCUGUGUACACUGACUCCAAAUUUAGAUUUAUUAUUUUAAGUACAGUUGGCAGUGCAUUGCUUCUCAGGAAGAGGGUUAAAUUAACUUAAAAAUGUGCGUUAUGAUAUCGCAUAGGUAACUGGCUGUGCAUCAGUGUUGCUAUUUAUUUAUUUUGCAAUGGAGCACUUCAUGCUUCAGUCUGGGGUACUGGCACCACACUGGACUGGUUGUAAAGACUCGCUGCUGUGCAGACAUGACUUGGCAUUAGCAUCCUGAUAUCUGCACCAAUGUUCUGACAUCCGUUUGAGAGCUGUUUUGACGAUGGAUACUCUUUUGUAUGAGUUUGUUCGUCCAGGAAGUUGGAAAGCAGACUUUGCCAUUGACACUGACACAUGAUGUAAGAGUCUUUUAAAUUUUUUGUCAUUAUGGUAGAAAAAUGUAAAUCAUGGCAUUCUUUCUUGAUGGUUUAAAUCCACAGAGCUUCUUCAUUCCAGCCACAAAAUGUUUACUUUUAGAAGUGUUUAACCUAUAAUCUAGUGAUCGACUCUACAGAAUAUUCCAAACCAUUAAAUUUAUCACUUAGCAGUGAUUGCAGCUUUUUGAUGCUCUUAUCUAGUUCAGAUUGUUUUCAGGAUAUCUGCAUAAUAAUGAGUUAUUUCUCACUAGAAAUAACAGUAGCUGAGGUAAUAGAAAAAGUCUAAACUAAUCAUACAUAUGAAAAAUUGAUGACCUUUUCACGGACUGGCAGAAAUAGAGUUGAAUCCAGUUGGGAGGUCUGUGUUUGAAACAGAAGGGUAAAAGGGAACAGAGGGCAAGGAGGAGGAGACACUAGCUACUCUAGACAGGGGUAAUAGCUGCAUGGCCUGAUGGUUUUUUAUCCUUGCCCCUCCAUCAGUAUGUUAUACUUUUAUAGCCAUGUAAACUGGAUACCAAUUAGUGCAUCAAUUAAAUACCUGCACAAUUGUUUCUUUUCCAACUUGUUCUCUAUGUAAAUUUAUUUUCUAUUAUAUUAUUUAUUUUCAUUUCCUGUUCUUAUGAAAUUGUAAGCAUUGUUACAGCCUACUUUGUAUGUAACCAAAAAUAUCAUUGUAUUGUAUGUGAAAACCUUCAAUAAAAUACAAAUUCAGAAACAAGCAAAAAAACAAAACAAAAAAAACUCAAGACAAAGUAGGGACUACUUUUGUCUUAUAAUUUUUUUAUUUUUUUUCCUACACUUGACAAAGGUGCAUCUUUAAGGUUUGCACCAAGCAUCACAACUACUAUAGCGAGCUGCUAUCUGGUGGUCCAAUGACUCGCUUCAAAAGCCAGGGUGGGUGACAUUAAUUGUCUGACAGCAACUGCUGAAGUGCUUAAGGGGUUUGGAGUGUUCCUUUUAAAGUACAAUUGGGUUUGUGGUUUACUAAAUUGAAUUAAUCCAUACUAUAGUUUAGGAUAUCUAAAUUUGUUUUGCGAUUGUUUUACCAUUGAGGGACAUCAGCACUGGAUACAGGUAAGUCACUGAAGGGGUUUUAACCCCCUCAGCAACUUGGGGUGGGAGGGAGAGGGGACCUGCAGUGCCAGGAAAACGGUUUGUUUUCCUGGCACUGGAGAGUCCCUUUAAGCCUUAAACCCCCACUGCACCACCUCAAGAUUACUUUCGUCUAUGUUUUAGAGCAUCUAAUCAAAUUAUGUAGAGAAUAAUCCUGAUGGUGUGCUUGGCAGAGUGUUGGCCAAUAAAUUACUCUCAAGUGUUAGCAGUGCUUUAAAAAGGAAUAGGCUAUAUUUUGUACUGAAACACUGCAACUGUCUAAAAUGUUACAAUGUUAAAUACAUUCACUAUAGAUUAAUUUAAAAAAAAAAAUUUUGUGUGUCUCUACACUACAAUAAGGAAUAUAUUUAUUUGUGCCAGAAGCUGGGGAAUAUAUUUAUUUGUGCCAGAAGCUGGUUUGACAGCAAUUAAAAAAUUGUUUUUUGUUUUUGUUUUUUUUUAAAAACCAUUUGUACCCUGAUCAUUCUGAUGACUAGAUCCACCACUGCCCAUGGACAUUCAUUUAAAAUUGUACAUGAACAUCUAGCUCAUUAGAAUAUUUCAUAGCUGUCCUCCUAGAUACCUGUAAUCUAGUAUUCUGGCAUGUUGCCACAGCGUGGAAAUUGAUCUGCUAUUCCUAUAAUAAUUGCCUGGACCAGGGAGGGAGAUGCAAAUCAUUUUGAGAAUGAUAUUCCCAUCACCUAACCAUGUCUGUUACAUUUGUAUGCCCAGCAGUUUACUGGGAAUUGUCCUAUGCAUCAGUGUGUAAUACAAGCUAAUAAUGGACUAAACUUUUAAAUCUGCCCUGACUGGUAAUACCCACUUAAAACAUUUUGUGCAUUUCCGUGUGCCACUGCCAGCUGGAUAUAUCACUGUGUCUAAUCUUUUACCCAAAAGUAGCUUUUUAAUGACUAUGGUGCAAGUUUGUAGAUAGGAAUGAUUGGAAAGCAUUGAGUCAAUGCUUUCCUAUGGGGAAGGCCUAAUGCUCAUUCCGUGCCAUGUGCAUUAGGUUACCCCCAUCGGCUUACGUUGGAGCCUGACCCAGCUUGACGCUGGAAUCAGGUAAGUGUUUCAUAGACAGAGGUGGGUGUGUAUGUAUGUAUGUAUGUAUGUAUGUAUGUAUGUAUGUAUGUGUAUAUAUAUGUAUGUAUAUAUAUGUGUAUAUAUAUAUAUAUAUAAUUUUUUUAGUGUGUGUGUGUGUGUGUGUGUAUAUAUAUGUAUAUAUAUCUCUCAUAUUUUAUAUCUGUACAGCCUGUAUAACAGUGUAAAUCUGUCCCCUCAAAAGAACUCGACACACAGCCAUUAAAGGGACUCUCCAGUACCAGAAAAACAAUCAGUUUUCCUGGCACUGCAUGUCCCCUCUCCCUCCCACCACCCAUCCCCGGUUGCUGAAGGCCUUCAGUGACUUACCUGACACCCCUGCCGUGGGGAACAGCGCCGGCGGUGGUUUCGGGUCGUUACCGCUCCUCCCCUUCAUCACGUCAGUCGGCGGAGGACACUACUAGUAGACAGCCACUAGAGGAGGAGUCAACCCUGCAAGGUAAUUAUUGCAGUUUAUGAAAACUGCAAUAAUUACAGUUGCAGGGUUAAGGGUAUUGGGAGUUGGCACCCAGACCAUUCCAAUGGGCAGAAGUGGUCUGGGUGCCUGGAGUGUCCCUUUAAUGUCUAAACCGUUGGCAACAAAAUUGAGUACACCCCUAAGUGGAAAUGUCCAAAUUGGGACCAAUUAGCCAUUUUCAUGUUAAAAGGUCGUAAUGGGAGCAGGUGUGUUAAAUUUGGUGUUAUCGCUCUUACACUCUCUCAUACUGGUCACUGGAAGUUCAACAUGGCACCUCAUGGCAAAGAACUCUCUGAAGAUCUGAAAAAGAAUUGUUGCUUUACAGAAAGAUGGCCUAGGCUAUAAGAAGAUUGCCAAGACCCUGAAACUGAGCUUCAGCACAGUGGACAAGACAAUACAUUGGUUUCACAGGACAGGUUCCACUCAGAACAGGCCUCGUCCAUGGUCGACCAAAGGAGUUGAGUGCACAUGCCCCGCAUCAUAUACAGAGGUUGUCUUUGGGAAAUAGACAUAUGAGUGUUGCCAGCAUUGCUGCAGAGGUUGAUGGGGUGGGGGGGUCAGCCUGUCAGUGCUUAGACUAUACACCGCAUACUGCAUCAAAUUGUUCUGCAUGUCUGUCUUCCCAGAAGGAAGCCUCUUCUAAAGAUGAUGCACAAGAAAGCCCACAAACAGUUUGCUGAAGACAUGCAGACCAAGGACAUGGAUUACUGGAUCCAUGUCCUCUGGUCCGAUGAGACCAAGAUAAACUUAUUUGGUUCAGAUGGUGUCAAGCGUGUGUGGCAGCAACCAGGUGAGGAGUACAAAGACAUGUGUGUCUUAUCUACAGUCAAGCAUGUGAAGCUCUAGUGAACUCUAUGCCCAUGAGGGUUAAGGCAGUGCUGGAAAAUAAUGGUGGCCACAUAAAAUAUUGACACUUUGGGCUCAAUUUGGACAUUUCCACCUGGGGGUGUGUAAAUAUAUAUAUUUUUUUUAAUUUAUUUUUUAUCUUCUAUACUUUUGCGAUAUCUGUCUAAAUUUAAGUCUUGUUUUUCAAUGGUGCAAAACUAUUUUCACAUUUUUAUUUACAGUAUUUAUUUUUUAAUAUCCUAAUUUUCCACCAAGAUGUAAAAGAAAUGCUAGUGAUUGUGAAAAACUUUGUGUGGUUUGCUAUGAAAUCUGACUGGGGCUUCAUAUGGCAUGUAGAACUAGGUAUGUUUUAAAUUCAACUCUUAGUACUCUUUUAUUUUAGUCUGUCAAACAUAGAUAUUAAUUAGUGGAGUGACUCAACUGUUGUGGAUUAUAAUUUGGGGUGUUUAGCAGGUGAUACUCUUCUCAACCAUAUGUGUAAUUGGCGAGAGUUGAGACAUCUACAAAACUGCUUAUGAAGAGCCGGUUCUGUCACCUGGCCUUUAAGAAGGUAAUUUUAUAACUGAAACCUCAACUGCCUUUUCCUUAAUCACAUUGCUAAUUUAAUUUGCAUAAACAAAGUGAUUUACCGGUAACUCCUAAAUGGCAGAGAAUUGAACAGUGAGACUACUGUUGUACCAAAGCGGAUUCAUUAAGCUAAAUCUAUACCUCAAAACAGAUUUAUUAAGCUAAAGUUUUGUUGACUAUUGUGUCCCUUUAAGGACAUGAUUGUUUGUUGUGGGUUUUUUUUUUUUUUUGGAGCAAGGUAGUAGUCUAAAACAUGCAUUUUAUGUUUGACCUGCAGAAUUGCUGAAAUGCACAGUUCUGCUUGACUUGAAUUGAACAAUAGCAUUCUUUUAUCUUGAACAUUUCUGAGAUAACCGGUUUGUCAGGUGUCUUUAAAGGUGGCUUAUGAAGUUGUAAUUUCAUGCUAUUGAAGGAUGAUCAGUGAUCCUGCUGCAUGAGUUAAGAUGUUUAAGUGAUAUUGUAGUAAAAUCCCAUUGCUUUGUAUCACCUCUCAUACACUGAGACUAACGACGUUGCACCAAUGGUAUGUUCUAUUUAGGCCUAGGAAUUUUAUAUUCUGUUAAGACUUAUUGUAGGGUGAGUUUGUGAUCUUAAAGGGACACACUAAGCCACAAAACUACUAUAUCUUAAUGUAUUGAUUUUUAUGCAAAAUCAAAAUAGUGCUGCUUGUGAGUAACCGCAAAGUUUGCAUUAGAUUAGAAUGUUCGACAACCGCUAGAAGAGAGUCCCAUCAUAGUUCAGCAUUGUCGAAUGCUUUGAAUGCUCCUCAUGGAGAAGUAUUAGAUUCAGUACUUCUCUAUGACCAGCAUACAGUUUGGUUGAGCGCAACAAUUGCGGCACAUGCCCAGUAAGUCCCUAAUGUUUCUCUCUGAGAUGCAUUGGAUUGGGUCAAAGAUUAUCCAUUAACAGGAGAAACUGCUUUAAUUCUCUUAAAGGAACUCUUCCUUUAGGUUGUUGAAAAUAUAUAUAUGCUGAAAAGCUUUGUGUGAAGAUGGUUUACUAUUUUUUUUUUUUUCUUCUCAUUUAAGAAAUUGUGCAGAUUUCAUUAGUAUAUUAGUUUUUAAAAUUAUAAUGGUUACACCCCCUGGCUUUUCAAGCAAACAGGUGAUUUUACUAACUGGUUUGGUUAGCCCAGCGUUUCCCAAACCAGUCCUCAAGACCCACCAACUGUCCAGGUUUUGUUUUUAUCCCCAUUGGAAUAAAACAGGCAAAUACCAUGGUUUGGGUUAGCCUAUUUGCACUGUACUCAAGAGGUAGCAAUUGCCCAGAGCACCUGCCUUGCAAAGACUUCUCGUUGAGCUGCAUUGGAAAGUCAUACAAAGUCUGGGUGGGGUUAGAAGAGCAGGGCUUGCAAAGGCAACAGACAAGAGCUCUGCAGUUUUUUGAAUGCUGUUUUUAGAUAUAACUCAGUUAUUUUUAUUAUAUAUUUGUGCAGUGAAGUAUCCCUUUUAAAAAGUGACUAUAAAAAUGACAAAUUUUAUUUUAAAGGGUUGUGGUGGAUAAUACUAAAUGUAAUAAACGCUUUAAUAUUAUGAAUAACAAAGUACCCCGCGAUUGUAAUUAUGAGCAUAUUACCAGCUGUUGUGAACUUCAUCAAAAGAAACUGUUAAUAUUUUUAUUUGACACUGAACUGCCAUCUUUUUAUCUUAAUGGAGUCUCUGGAUCGUAUAUUAAGCUGGUGGCUUUUACUUAUCUUGGACCCACAGUAUAUCAUUAAAGGACCACUAUAGGCACCCAGACCACUUCCGCUUAAUGAAGUGGUCUGGGUGCCAGGUCCAUCUAGAAUUAACCCUUUCUGCUGUAAACAUAGCAGUUUACAAAUGGGUUAAUCCAGCCUCUGUAGUGGCUGUCUAAUUGACAGCCGCUAGAGGCGCUUCUGUGCUUCCAUAGGAAAGCAUUGAGAAUGGCCUGGCUGAAUGCGUGCUUGUGCCGCGCAUGUGCAUUCAGGUAAGGUAAGGGAUUAACACCUUCUUCACCCUAGAGCUUGGCGGGAGGAGGGCCCAGAGGGUGAGGGGGACCCAAGGACCCUAUAGAGCCAGGAAAACAAGUAUGUUUUCCUGGCACUAUAGUGGUCCUUUAAAGGAAUCGUAAAGGCUACACAUAAGCUGCAUACAUUUGCAUUUAGAAAGAACUGAUGUUUUAUUUAGUGGAAUGCUUCAAUUCCCAUUGCUCCUAAAACAUACUUUUCUAAGUUGGUCUUUACUUCUAUGCCAUUGGAAUAGCAAUAAUGACUAACCACAUGGAGGACAUUAGGAUGCAGCAUCUAUCUCUGUUUAAAAAAAAAAAAAAAAAAAAAACAACCCAAAAAAAACAUGCUUGGUGAGGAAAAGGAAUGUCCAGUAAGUAUCUUUUCAAUCUAUACACUUGCUGUGUACAUGUCAUCCACAUUUGUCACUUGUCAAACACAGGCUUUACUGUAUCUUUAAAUCUAGGUGUAUCAUUGUCUAACAUGUGUAAUGCUUUCAAAAAAAGGAAAAAAGUUUCUGGUCUGGAAUGAGCUAAAAUCAAAUAUGUUGUCUUUCCAGAAACUUUGUUUUGCUCAUUUUGCUAAGGAUACCAAAUGUAUGUUACUGUUGCUUAUGAUAGUCAUGUAUUGUAUACUUGGAGCUUUCUGUUGCAGACAUUUCAAAUGAUGUUUAUAAGAGAUGCUGUAUAAUUUGCCUUUUAGUUCUAUCCUAGAUCCCUUUAAAAGUAGCUGGUACAAUUCUAGCUAAAAAAAUGAAAUGACUGUUUGUUUUUGUUUGUUUUUUUUUGUAUAAAGUUGUUCUUGGUGGAUGGUAGAAAAGGUGAAGUUGCUGUUUUGGAUAUAUAUGCAGGAAAUCUUUUCACUUUCACCUUACCAUUGACCUACAUAUUGUGUCUUUGCCCUUACUGAGCCUAAGCUGCUUGGAAAGAGUACUUUAAAUCUCUAAAAAUAGGGAGAUUAAAAUGCUUUGUUUCCUAAAUUGUAACCAAUCAUCUGCUCUCAAUAAAGGACCAUAUUUAAAAGAAAUAAAUUAAUAAGCGCCAACAAAUUCCGCAACGCUGUUGAUUUGAAGGAGCAGUCUAUUGUCUUCUGGGUUUAUUACUCCACAUGCUGCAAUUUGGUGCACAACUCCUAAAAACAUAAUAAAAAUUGCUUCUAAUAAACUUGGCUUUUAUUAGGACAAGUCCCAAUCUGCGAAUAGUAGCAUAUUUAUCUUGCUAUUCUCUUUUGCAAUUGUAUUGCUUAUGGGCAAACCUCUACCCUAUAGCAAAUAACUGGUUAUAAAGAUUCAUUAUAUGUUUCAUUGCUUUGAGCAAGUACUAGGUAACACUUCUUCAGUAUGAUCAUGCUUCCAUGAUCAGUCAUCUAUGGAACUUUGUUUGUAAUUGAUCCAUAACAUGUUAUUUAAAGGAGCAUGUGUUUUACCAUAGUCAUUAUUACUUGUUGUAGUGGUUAUCCUACAAGCAUUCUACCUGUGCCCUUUCUGGGAAAUUUUACCAAAAAUGUUUAAUACUAGAAAAAAGAGUAAACCUCAAUUUUAUCACAUAAAAAUGAUCAAAUAGAGGUUUUCUCAUGUUCGAUUUCACUCGCUGAAACACAAAGGUAUAUAACAGCACCUUGUGAGUUUCCCAAAUGUUUGUGCCAAAGGACCACUAAAGGGUCAGGAACACAAAUGUGUAUUCCUGACCCUAUUGUGUUAAAACCUCCAUCUUGCUCCCUUGCCUCCCUAAAUAUAAUAAAAUCUUACUUUUAUUCAAGGGUGCAGAUGCUGGCUCUGCCUCUGAAACUGCCUGCUGUCGUCUGACAUCAUCAGAACUGGUGGUCUGAGCCAAUCACAAUGGUUCCCCAUAGGAUUGGCUGAGACUGUCAAGGAGGCAGAUCAGGGGCAGAGCCAGCAUGAGUCAAACCCAGCCCUGGCCUAUCGGCAUCUCCUCAUAGAGAUGAAUUGAAUCAAUGCAUCUCUAAGGGAAGUUCAGUGUCUGCAUGCAGAGGGAGGAGACACUGAAUGGCUGUGCAGCACUGCCCCAGGAAAGCACCUCUAGCAGCCAUCUGUGGAGUUAUUACUAAACUGUAAUGUAAACACUGCAUUUUCUCUGGAAAAAAAGUGUUUACAGCAAAAAUCCUGAAGGGGAUAAUUCUACUCCCCAGAACAAAUACAAUAAGCUGUGGUUGUUCUGGUAACUAGUGUCCAGUUAAUAUCAGGCAAUAUAAGAGGACUGUUGCUGUUAAAUCACCAGUUUUAGAUAUUUAACACGCUCACUCUGUAAUCAUAAUUGGUUCUACAAAGGCCAGAGUUGGACAGAAUUCAUAAUAUCUUCUAUUCUGCAACUGGUUCUUCAUCUGGGCUCUAGGGAUGCUCCAAUUUCCAAGGGAUUUGCUGAAGAAUACUAAAUCAUUGAAUCAUUUAAUUAUAAAAAUGUGGCCUAUUAAACUGUUAGUGGUUUGAAUUCUGUCUGUAUGCAAAACAAUAUUCUCAUUACCUCUUCAUUGUUUCACAUCAGUCUUCCUUUCAUUUGUACUCUAGAACACAUUUACAAGUAUAAUGCUGUAUUGCAGUUGGGGUCUUACUAUAUGAUGAUGGUUAUUAUAGUAGGAGCAUUAUGUAUACUGCUUGCUCUAGUAUUGUAACGUGCAAAUGCAUGUAGCUUAUAUUUUAUUAAUAGAUUGAAAUGGAAACUAGCAUCAAUAAUAUAACUAGAAUUCUCACUUAACUAGGGCUAGUGUGUAUGUGUGUGUGUGUGUGUGUGUGUGUCCAGUUGCUUGCACUAAAAGAAUGUAUACGUGCUUGGUGCUUAUCGGCAAAAGCCAGCACUCAAGGGACCUAUAGUAACAUAAAAAAUAAAACUUGGCUUUUAUUCAGUGUUUGCCAGUUAAAAAAAUAAAAUAAUAAAAUAUAUAAAUAUCCCAGCACUCAAUGCUCCCGGUCUUUUAAUGCUUCGGUGCUGUCUCCAACCAAAUUGUAUACAAUACCAGUAGAGAGCACUCAGGAGUUUUUCAAGGUAAAUUUCAUCUGUUGCUUUAUUGAGCAAUUACAAAUUCACACAACGUUCCAGUCUGUAAAAGAUUGAAAAAAGUAUUUUACAGACUGAAACGUCGUGUGAAUUUAUAAUUGCUCAAUAAAGCAACAGAUGAAAUUUACCUUGAAAGACUCCUGAGUGAUCUCUACUGGUAUCGUGUGUGUGUGUGUAUGUGUAUGUAUAUAUAUUAUAUACACAUACACAGUUGGGGCUGCACUCACGGUCUUCAGGUAAAACUCGGGAGACUUCGCUAAACACAAAUGAGUGUUUCAAAACAGUUAAACGUAUCAUACUAUCCUAUCAUACUAUCAUCAGUAAAAGUGCAGUUCAUGUGUGAAAAAGAAAAUUGAACUCUAAUUUUGCCAAAGUUUGUGACCAAGUGGUAACUAGACUUGUAAUCCUCUAUUUUGAAUACCCUGGGACUUCUACUUUUUCAAAUGGUAGGCCAUAAUGCUGGUAAAUUUCAUUCCUGGGCUGCCAUGCGGUCUUAAAGGCAAACCAAUCUGGCAAAUUUCAAUGUGCAUAAAUGGAAAAAGGGCUAGUCCUAUAUGUGACCCUGUAACUUUCCAAAACAUUAUUCAUAUGAAAUUAUGUUUAAUAUAUAAAUUUGAUGUGAAAUGAAAGUCCUAUUUCUCCUGAACAAAAUAAUAAUAUAUAAGUGUGGGUACUUUUAAUAUGAAAUAGGUAAAUUGUGGUUGAACAGACAUAUAGCUUAAAUUCCAGGUUUUGUUUUGAUCAGAACUGCCUCAAUCCUUCAGGGUGGGUUACACUGGAAAUGGAUAAUUCUUGCAGGGUGAACUAUGUAUUUCUAAUGGUGUAUAACAGUCCAUUCUGAUGCCACUGUUAAACUAAUCUGCAAAGUUAUUCUAAAUAUGAAAUCUUCAUCUGGUUGCAAAUCUUAAAGAAAUACUAUAGUGUUAGGGAUGCAAGCAUGUAUUUUUAACUCUAUGCUGCCGCAGUCUUUUCAGAUUACUGGGUCUUCUGUGUUCCUUUAACUCCACCGCUGUACUGGUCAGGAAUACAAUAACUAGAUGUGUGUUUAACCCGACAAUGAAAACAUUGCAGUUUCUCCAAAGUAGCAGUGUUUUACAUCACCUUUAAUGGUUUCUUUAACCCCUUGAACAAACUUCUGGAAUAAAAGGGAAUCAUGACAUGUCACACAUGUCAUGUGUCCUUAAGGGGUUAAAGGGACACUAUAGUCACAAGAACAACUAUAGCUUAUGGUAUUUGUUCUGGUGAGUAGAAUCAUUCCCUUCAGGCUUUUUGCAGUAAACUGUCUUUUCAAAGAAAAUGCAGUGUUUAUAUUACAGCCUAGGGAUAACUCCACUGGUCACUCCUCAGAAGUUUGCUUUGAUGCUUCAUGGGACAGUGCUGCACACUGAGCAGUAAUGCCAUUCCAUGUCUCUUUCCUCUGCAUGCAAACACUGAACUUUCAUUUUAGAGGUGCAUUGAUUCAAUUCAUCUCUAUGAGGAGAUGCUGAUUGGCUAGAGCUGUGUUUAACUUGUGGUGGUUCUGCCUCAUUGACAGUCUUAGCCAAUCCUAUGGGAAAUCAUUGUGAUUGGCUCACAGAAUCACUUCUGAUGAUGUCAAAUGUAAGCAGGCAGGUCAGGGACAGAGACAGCCACUGCAGACUUGAAUACAAGUAAGAUUUUACUAUAUUUAGAGAGGCAAGGGGAACCUGGGGGCUUGAUGGUGGUUUUAACAUUAUAGGGUCAGGAACACGUUUGUGUUCCUUUUAAAGAUUGCAGCAACUAGCAAGAAUGAGUCUAUUAUUUUUAUUUACAUUUUUUUUUUUUUGUUUUGUUUGUUAAUCAAGUAGAUUUAAAUCACUAGUCAGUAGGACUUGUGUUAAAUCCUAUUUAAUCAAAUACACCAUGUUUGGAAUGCAAGUAGGAAAUAGGAAGAGAUUUUCUAUUUAUUUAUUUUUAACGCAGAGUCUUAUUGGUCUGACAUUUUUAUGACUGAAUAACUUGUUCUACACGUUAUACCAGUGUGAUGUAAUGGAAGGUUUUUUGUUUUUUAUUACAGAGUGACUCAUAUUGACUAAAAGAUAGCUUGGUUAAUUUAGCAAUAAGCAAAUAGGUUAUCUAGACUUUGAUUAUUAACUAUAAUUGUAGAAGGUUAUUAUAGAUCAUUUACAGCUAGUUUUUAUAUCUGCAUUAAUUACUUUUGUGAGAUUUCUCAUGAACUUUGAAAUUUUAUACAAAAGGAAAGAAAGAUAGAACUAUGUAGAUAAUUUUCAAAGUGAAACUUCCAGCAUCAUUUCGCAAAGAGAAGUACGGUAUAUGGAAACUGCCCAUAAACUUGGACAUGUGACAGCUGGGGCUGCUGUAGCACAAUUGUUGUAGGGUGGAUAGUUAAGACUCAUAAUAGCACAAUUAGCAAGCUAAACUUAUUUGGGGUGCACACCUGAUAAUACAGAACAUGCAAUUAAUGUAUGUAGUCAUAUAUACAAACUAAUAUAUGAAUCAAUAAACAAAGUGAAAAGUGACCUACAGAUUUGCGUUGCUAUGAAAUGUGUUAAAACAUGUAAUAAACGGAAAAUAAUUCCUCCUUUGCUGAAUAGUUUGGGUGAAAAAAAUUAUUUAAAAAAUGCUAUGCUACCAGAUCUUCAAAUUUAGACUGCAGCAGUUGUGUUAGUAUGUAACUGGUGCGCGGCUUUUAUCUGAUAUGUUUUGGCAUCAUUAAUUAAACCAGUAUUGACCUUAAACAAUCUCUGCUGUUCACCCUGCAACAACAUUUGUUUUGUUAAAACCUUUAAAUGCCUAGACUCCAUUCCAUUAUUUAUAUCAUGAUGUAAAGGGUACAUCUAAACAUCAAAAUCACGUCAUCUCAAAGAAAUGAAAGUGUGGAUCAAUCUUCCCAUGCGACCUUGUGAUUUAAAAUUAGUGUUUCUAAGAAAUCGCAGGCUGGUUGUUUUCUUUUUUCAGGGGAGGGGUUUAAACGCGUCUCUAUUAUCCUUGCAGUUGCCAGACAUCUAAACUUGGGGUUAGACACACAUUUAGUUAAAAAGACACUAUAGUCACCAAAAAAAACCUUUAACUUAAUGAAGCAGUUUUGCUGUAUAGAUCAUGUCCCUGCAGUCCCACUGCUCACUUCUUUGACAUUUGGGAGUUAAAUCACUUUGUUUAUACAGUCCUAGUCACACCUCCUUGCAUGUGACUUACACAGCUUUCCUAAACACUUGCUGUAAAGAGUCAUCUAAUGUUUAUACUUCCUUUACCGCACAUUCUGUUUAAUUUAGAAGUACUUAUCUCCUGAUCUGUUAAUAGCUUGCUAGACCCUGCAGGAACCUCCUUUUAUGUAAUUCAAGUUCAAUAUUCCGAGCAGGAGAUGAAAACAUUUAAACUUACAUCUGAUUGAAAGUGAAACCAUUUCAUUUUCAUGCAGGCUGUGUCCGUCACAGCCGGCAGAGGUUUGGCUAGGGUUGCAUAAACAGAAACAAAAGUAAUUUUGGCUCUUAAAUGGCAUAGAAUUGAGUAGUGAAUCUGCAGGGGCAUGAUCUAUACUCUUAAACGGCUUUAUUAAACUAAAGUUGUUUUGGUGACCAUAGUGUCCCUUUAAUGUAUUUUCGACUGCCGCUUGUGUGUCCAGAGACACAAUGAGUUAGUGGUUCACUAUGAUGGUCAUGCAUGCGCAUUGUUUCAACAAUGUUGUGAUCCUACAAAUGUGCAACUAUCACCACAAACCACUAUUAUUUAUAAGAAGCAGUUGGUAACUCUGUCCUGCACAGACUUCCUUGUUCAUGCUGGGCAAAGGCGGAAGGCUCCGCACUAGCAGCAUAAUGCAGCAUACUUUCUGAAAAGUAAGUGAUAAGCAGCUAGGAAUUUAAAGUCAAGCUGUGACCUUUUUUAGGCCUGCUCAAACACCUAUAACACAGGAUAGCUUGCAUGCCACAAAUAACAAGACCUGUGCAUAUCUACAAAGAGAUUGUAAAUACAGUGGAAUGUAUAAUUGUUUGUGUAAGUUAGUAACUCUUCUAGGGAUUUAAAUGAUUAUUCUGGAAAAUAUUUUGAACUUUGCAUUUUUACAAUAUUUCUGUAUAUAUCUUUCUGCUGUCUAGCAUGUGUUUUAUUUUUUUUCCCUUUGCCUGUUGCCUAUCUAUCCCUCUAUUGAAUGAGAGUAGAAGAAAAAAACCUUUCUUUAAAAGUUCUAUGCUAACGUUUAUCUAUUUACCUGUUUUCCAGUUUGAAAUCCUUCUUUGUGUGCAAGAUCUUGAUGAUCCAGCAGUGGAUGUAUGUAAAAAGCUGCUUGGCAAGUACCCAAAUGUGGAUGCCAAGUUAUUUAUAGGUAAGCAACAAUUAUUUUUAUUUGGUUUUAAUUUGUAGGCAAAAUCAGGAAAUGUUUAGUUACAUUGGUUUUAUUUUCUACAUGCUUAUAGGGCUUUAUUUUGAAAUGUAUCAUGUUUUACCAAAUCUUGCAAUAGUAUCUUAAUAUAACCUCCCUGACAAUACAGCCAAACCACAUGUUGGUUUACUGUGACUAUAUACUCCAGUAUCCUGUGAUGUCUGCAUUCUGUGGCUGUUAAAUGUAAUUUUGUUGCCUUGUAUAGUGUGGAGCGAUGCAGACUAAAAGGGCUUGCCGUUAUAGAGUAAAGAGCUAUCUAGAAAACAAAAUGGCUCCCACUGUGAUAUAGCAGAGUUGACUGUAUAAUCGAGGAGAUCGUAGCUGAUUAAACAAUAACUUAAAUGAAAACAAACUUCCUCAAUUGCAUUUUAUAAUUAUUCAGGCCUUUUGAUAAUCAACCCUAGAUCUGAAUAGCCUGUCUUGAACUAUAAGCAAGUUGACACACAUCUUGUUUAGAGUAAGGUUGGAUUAGUCGUCGUCCAUUUAGUCCUAGCUAUACUUGAUUGGAAGUUAUAUAGUCAGUUUGUAAGAGCCCAUAAUAAAUGAAUUAUAUUAUAUUUACUUAGAAUACUUCAGGUUUUUUCGACCCCGCUAUUGUUAAUGUGAAAUAAAUUUGACCCCUCCUCUUCUUGACACACAUUUAUGCAUCUUUUAUUGGAUUGUUUGUUAUCUGGCUCAAUGCAAAAUAUUUUGUAACUAUCUGUUGCUUUUCUCAAGCCAUGUGCUCUCUUGGAAAUUGUGCAAAUGAAUGGAUGCUUGCAAAAUGGUGUCCGAUAAAUAUGGUUGUCAGAAAUAGGGUGUGGAAAGGUAGGCAAAGGAUCUCUUCAACAAUGCCAAUAUUUAAUAUAAAGAGAAGAUUAAAGAUUAUCUGAAGGCAUUACGUUUUGAUCCCAGUGCACUCUUUCACUGCAGAAUAAGCUCUUAUAAUAUGCAUACCUUGAUAACAGCACAAAGCCUUUUUUAAACAAGCACUGUAGCAUUGGGAAUACAAAUGCCCCCACCUGUAAAGAGUAAAACAUUGCUUUCACUUGCCUUUCUAUCUCAUAGUGCUGGUCUCCAUGCUGUCAUCCUGCCUCCAUUUCUGAGAUAAUCAAGAUUGAUGAUCUCAGCCAGUCAAAUAAAUUCCCAUAUGAAAGCAUAGAACCAUCUGAUUGAACUAGUGGAGUUUAAUACUAAAGGCUUUUAACCCCUUGAGGACCAAACCUCUGGACUAAAAGGGAAUCAUGACAUGUCACACAUGUCAUGUUUCCUUAAGGGGUUAAACCAGGGGUUUUCAACCCAGUCCUCAAGGACCCCCUACCAGUCCAGGGUUGAGAACCCCUGGGUUAAACCCUUCAAUGUAAGCAUUGCAUUUUCUUCAGAACAGCUAUGUUUUUACAUUGUAUGUUACAAACGAAAGGAACAAGGCACCCAGAUCACUUCAUUGAGAUGAAUAUUUCUUGGAGACAAUAGUGUUCAUUUAUGAAAGCCAGUUACUGUAUAAUCAUGAAACGUAAUAAUUAAAAACUCCACUUAUAUUUGUCAAUGGCAGCAGCACAGACCAUCCUAUGCAAUAUUCUAUUAAUGCUUCUGGACUUUCCCAGCGGAAGCAGUUGCACCCGAAUCUCUCUCUCAUUUGCUUGAUCAUUCAUGCUUGGAAUCCAUGACACACCACACUGAAACCCUAUUAAAAGAAAUGACUGCAGUGCUGUUAGAGUACAACAUCUGAUAUCUGUAUUCCAGGAUUUCCUUAUCUGCUGUUAGAGGUGGAUAUUUAAGAAAGACUUAGCCUUUUACUCUAAUUUAUUGGGUGUGGUGGCUUUUUAAUUAUUAUUCCAUUGCACACAAAUUGAGCAGUUAAGGAAGUCUUUUGCAAAUGCAUUAAUAAAAAAAAAAAAUCUCCAUUAGAUUGUGAAUCUUCUCCUUCUUCUGUGAACAAAUUUCUACAUAUCCGAUAAAGGCAGCAGAGCUGUUUUAAUGUGAUUGGCAGGUUUUUAUUGUCUCUCUGUGGUAUUGCCUGGCUGAUGCUCUGUAAGUUCUGCUGAUGAAGGAAAACUCCUUAGACUCAUCUAAAGAUGCAUCACAAAGCAGUCUUUGCAUUUACAGAGAAUUUGGCAUGCAAGCAAAUCAUAAACUGCCUCCAUGCCUUAGAGACAGCUGAGUUUUAAUAAAACUGCCUAGCUGAUUAUAGAGGACUCUGUGCUUUUAAUCAUGCCAAUCUUUCCUGCCAGCUAUGAAUAAUUAAUAGCUCGAACUGCACAUUUCCACUAUACCCCUGCAAUUUCUCUUCAACAACUGUUACUCUGUUGACUGGAAAUGUAGGUUUUUACAUCUCUUCCUAUGUUUGUAUAGAAUGGCUUACAAGGUACCUUUACUUGCACGUUUUGAGAGACCAAACUACAAAAGAAAAUAAAAGCAAUAAAAACACAUUACAUCCUUUAAUAAAAGUUUAAGUAAGAAUAGACUGUGGCUCUUAGUUAAUGGUGGACUUUCUAAAGGAAUGCCCCAAGCACCAUAAGUGUUAUGGUGUCAAGAGUUGCUGCUGUCCCAUGGUAGGAUGUCAAACCAUUUUAAUUACUUUUAGACCACUUAUUUGCAUCUCAUGCCCAAGCUGCAUCUGAUCUCUUCUAGGAAUAGAAACUGGGUGUUUCUGUAGAACAAAAUACAACCUAUACAGUGUAUUGUCAAUAACUCCAUGAUGUGUUUUUUUUUCACAAUCCAUAAAAACUUAUCGUCACUUAUGCAUUAGCAGUUACUAUAGAUUUCAUUUAUUAUAGAUGGAUAGAUAAAUAAUUUCAGAGAUUAAAAUCUAGCUGGAUAUGUUUUGUUCUAUAGCACAUUGUCCCGCAAGUGAGUCACUCUGGAAUAGAAAGCUGCCUUAACCCUUCUUUGUUGGGCGUGUGAAAGGAAGUGAAGUGGUGUGGUGUGGGGAGCAACAGGAAUCCAAACUAUGUUUAAAACCCAAACCUCAAUUUUACUUCCCUUUGUCAUCUCUCCUAGUAUUCAAAGUACACCUGAAUUGUUACUACUGUAAGACUCUUCUGGUCCUUAUUUAGUUAUCGUGUAGUAAAGUGCAUUUAUAAGCAAUUUGCUGAUUUAGUGCUUUUUCUUUCUGUAAUCCACAGGUGGUAAAAAGGUUGGCAUCAAUCCCAAAAUAAACAACUUAAUGCCUGGUUAUGACGUUGCAAAAUAUGAGCUAAUAUGGAUUUGCGAUAGUGGGAUCAAAGGUAUGUACCUUGGUUAGAGAACUUCUUCAUUACAUUCACGUGGAACAGAUUGUGCAAAAGCAUCUUUGAGAUACCAAUGUACAGUAAUAAAUGGUGUCUGUGAGUAUAUGCUUUAAACUGCUCUUUAAUACAAAGACACAGGAACCAGUGAUGGAGAAUGGAUGUCAAAAUCUUGUUGAUUUGAAUACACUUCCUAUUUUAACAUUGUCUCAAUCAGCUCCCUGUGGAAUGAUUUAUAGCUCAAUGAGAUUUUCAAGGUCCAGUGGGGCUGGUGAAGAUCUGUUUAUCCUUCCUUAUCAUCCACACGGUCUUGUGCUGGUUUGAUGUGCUGUUCUCUGCAGACAAAGUAAUGAGCAGUUCUAAAUCUGUCACAAGCCCGCAUUACUCAGGGUAUCUUAUUCCUCUGAGAAACACCAUAGAUAGCUUCUCAGAAGUUGCAGUGCAGGGAAUAGUUAUAAUGCACUGUAUGAAAAUCUGCAUUGACGCUGACCUUAUGUUUUAAUACCUUUCUCUUCCCCGGCCCACUCGGAAAAUAUUUUAUUUUGUAUCACAGAAAUGGAACUAGUGGCUUCUUUAAGCAUUUCCAUGUCACAAUGUAAAUAGAUUUUGUGUAAACUUGUUUUUUAAGUGUGCAUAUCUUUUUAGUCGAUGGCUGCUGACUUAAGCUAUGAGAAUAAUCCCCACCCCCCAUUCUCUAUUUAAUUAAUUAGCUCUUAAUGCUACACCUGCAGUAUCCUCUGUGUAAUUAUAGUUACUUGGGGUUAAAGUGUCCCUCCAAGCAUGAAAGCCCCUAUAAUUUGGGGAAGAUGUUAUAAGGCUAUGGGUGCAGACCCCCUGGUUUUUGCAGCUCUCUCACUAUCAUGGGGCUAUCGUAAUGAAGAAGCUUAGUUCCUGUUUAUUUUAAUAAAAAAUGCUUUAGCUGUACUGGUGGACAUACAGUAUCUCUCAAAAGUGAGUACACCCCUCACAUUUUUGUAAAUAUUUUAUAUAUUUGCUGAAUUUGCUAUCCCCUCAAAAUAACUAAACUCACAGCCAUUAAAGUCUAGAGUCCCUUUAAUCAGCUAAGCUUCACGUUUCCUUACAUUACUCUCCUGCUCUUCAAUCUAGCAUAUGUGUAAAUGCAUAGUAAUUUUAAUGGUUUUAGAUUUGUAAUUAAAGGACCACUCUAGGCACCCAGACCACUUCAGCUUUAUGAAGUGGUCUGGGUGCCAGGUCCCUCUAGGAUUAACCCUUUUUUUUUAUAAACAUAGCAGUUUCAGAGAAACUGCUAUGUUUAUACGGAGGGUUAAUCCAGCCUCCAGAGCCUCUAGUGGCUGUCUCAUUGACAGCCGCUAGAGGCGCUUUCGUUUCUCACUGUGAAUCACAGUGAGAGCAGAUCCAUACAUUGUAAAUGCUUUCCUAUGCGCAAACUUGAAUAUGCAUGACUCCUACGCGCAUGCGCCCAGCGAUAACGCGAAGGAGGAGAGGAGGAGUACAGCUCCCCGCCCGGCGCUGGAGAAAGGUAAGUGUUUAACCCCUUCCUCUCUCCAGAGCCCGGCAGGAGGGGGUCCCUGAGGGUGGGGGCACCCUCAGGGCACUAUAGUGCCAGGAAAACGAGUAUGUUUUCCUGGCACUAUGGUGGUCCUUUAAAGGUGUUCAUAUGGUAUAUUUUCUCUACACACAGUCCUUCCUUUAUAUCCAUGGAAAAGGGGUUUAUUAUGCCUGCAUCUGAAUGGCUUUUGAAGUAUACAUUUGCUAGCAGCAUGGCCUGCACAAUGUAUGUGUUUGAUGUUCUUCUUUAUUUUGUACAUCAGAUUUUAAUUUGCAUCACAAGACUAGAACAAGUGUACUUGAUUUGAUGAUUUGAGUCUUGCAUAUCAGUGUGGCUUAUUUUCCAUUGCUGGAUCGUUUGCUUUACCCCAGAGUAGUUUACUUUAUUGUAAAGUGAUACUUAAAGCAAUUUGAGAAAAUUAUCUAAUCGUUUUAAUUAUUUAAUAGUUUUUAAAAGCAGGUGGCAACCAUUCACUUCUGAUUGCAUACAUUUGUUUUCAGCCUUUGUUUCUUCUUCUACAAGAAUGAGACAAAUGUGGCCACAGCUGUGUAGCUAGUGAGAAGGAAGCAACAUUCCUAUCAUUACUUACACACGUGUCUUCUGUGCUGUAAUAUAAAGCUCUAUCCCAGGCAUAAACCUAGUAUCGUCCUCUCUAGGCAUAGAAACCACAUAAAAGAAUAAAGACCGUUUUAUUUUAAUGCUUUUAAUUGUUCAUCAGUUCUGUUUGGAGUUGACCUGCUUGUUAAAGGAAUACAAAUCUGUAUUCCUUACACUAUAGUUUACUCGCGGUCCCCAUGCACCCUCCUGCACGGCAAGGGUUUUAAAAAAAAAAAAAAAAAAAAACCAACCCUUUUAACGCUUACAUGAUUCCAGGGCCAAUCUCCCUUGGCACUGGGUCGGAGCCUUGCCUUCUGCGAUGUCAUCCAGUGGGGGGGGAGGGGCUAAUGUACUGGAUGUCCUUGUGCAGGACUUGAGGAAGUCCAGCGUCAGUUAAGUGACCAAAAGUUACUUGGCAAGCAGGAAGUGCAUCUAGUGGCUGUCUGAGAGCUACUAGAGGCAGUCUUAGUCCUGCAGUGUAAUCAUUGCAGUUUAUGUAAAAAGAUUUACAUUGCAGGACUAAGGGGACAUAUACAUUGCACCCAGACCACUUCAUAGAGCUAUAGUAUUAAGCUGAUCUGUCUUUAUCUGGUGUCAUUGGUUAGAAUGCAUAUUGCUUUCAAUACAUUAGAAUUUUGGCCUGGAAUUACUCUAAAAGUAAAUAUAGUUAAAGGGAUAGUCUAAGCAGAGAAACAAAAUUGGCUUAAUGAAGCUAAAGUUGUGUUGGUGCUUAUAGUGUCCCUUUAAGGCCUCAUUACUGAAAUAUUGUUCAUAUGAGUGAUGCACAAAUAAAGUUUCCAGUUGAAGGGUGCUUUACUUUUAAUGUGCUUGUAAUAGUGUAGUCAGCAGGAAUGUUUCUUUGGUUUCCGUUGUGAUUGCUCCAUUGCCUUCAAUGCCAAGAAGAGCUAAACUACUAAAUAUAACCCCUGCCAAUGUUUGCGUGGAGGGAAUAUCGUGAUUGCCUUGCUUGUGCUUCAUUGAAUUCUUGAUCUGGAGCUUUAUACACCAUAUUGGGCAAGACGAGUUUUACCAAGUUAAAACACAUGAUUUUACUUUACUCUCUGCUUCUUUUGGUAUCUCUCAAUCUAUGUAAAGGAACACUAUAGUGCCCCUCUACCCCUGCAUUCCCCCAACCCCCUUCAUGGCCAUGCAAAGGGUUUAAAAAACAAAAACCAUUUAAACACUUAUCCUGAUUCCAAUGCUGAUGUCCCUCGGGUCGGGCUCCUCCUCCGAUGUCAGUCAAUAGGGGAAACCAAAUAUGCAUGUGCCGUGCUUUUGUAUGGAGCUUUUCAACAGGCUGGAUGUUCUCAUGCAAAGUGUGAGGAUGUCCAGCUUCGUUUCACGGAGUCACACUCCACGAAAUUGCAAAAAACUCUAAAACUGCAAUGUAUUGCUUUGCACGUUUAAGGGGACAGAGGCACUGCACCCAGACCAAUUCAAUGAGAUGAAGUGCUCUGGAGCCUAUAGUGUCUCUUUAAGGUAGUAUCAAAAAUGCAUGUUAAGUCUCAAGGAUUGUAUAAUGUUUGCAUCCUAUAUUGUUGUUUUGUGAUAAUUCUCAGAAUGGCGGUUUAAAGCCAUAAACAUAAUUCUUAAACUACUUCCAACAGUCUGUUACCUACUUUGGGUCAGUCGCGUUUUCGGUGUCCUUCUGGGAUUUGGAGCAAGGUCACUAUCUUUAAAACACAGCUAAAACGGUCAGCAUGUUGUUGAUAUUUUCUGAACAAAUCCUUUUUAUCGGCCUAAUAAGAUCCAAAUGUUAAAAGAUUCGGAGUGCAAAGUAAAACCAUAACAAACCGCUUUUACCUGUGUUAUGUAUACAUUGAAUAAUGUCUAAACAGAUGGAGGUAGAAGUUUCCAUUAGUCUGUGACUUAUAAUACUGUGGGACACACCAAUUAAACAAAAGUUUCAUAUUUGUAUCAAAACCUCAGAAUGGACUACAGCCAUUUGUUCAGAACCAUGUUUAAUCCAGAAGAGUCAUGCGCUCUUGAUGCAAACCAAUUCAAACUCUGCUUCACAUCUAUUCACUUAACAGAGCUAUAAAUAACAUCUAGUGUGUGUGUGUAUGUGCACAGUAUGACUUCCUUGUUUAAUUUUUCUUGUACUGUUGUAAUUUGUGCAUGGAAAUUAAUGGUUACUCACUUACCUGACAAGGAAAAUUAAAUUAGAAGUAUUCUCGUAAAUCUGAUACUUUUGGUCUACUGUUUGCUCUUCCUUUGCGGUUCUGGUAUAAUUAAAUAUAUGUGUGUAGUUUAUACUAGGUCAUGGCAUAAACUAAAAAUAUCCUUAAAGGGACACUCUAGUCACCUGAACAACUCUAGCUUAAUGAAGCAGUUUUGGUGUAUAGAACAUGGCCCUGCAGCCUCACUGCUGAGUCCUCUGCCAUUUAGGAGUUAAAUCCCUUUGUUUAUGAACCCUAGUCACACCUCCCUGCAUGUGACUUGCACAGCCUUCCAUAAACACUUCCUGUAAAGAGAGCCCUAUUUAGCCUUUCUUUAUUGCAAGUUCUGUUUAAUUAAGAAUUUCUUAUCCCCUGCUAUGUUAAUAGCUUGCUAGACUCUGCAAGAGCCUCCUGUAUGUGAUUAAAGUUCAAUUUAGAGAUUGAGAUACAAUUAUUUAAGGUAAAUUACAUCUGUUUUAAAAUGAAACCAUUUUUUUUUUUUCAUGCAGGCUGUGUCAAUCAUAGCCAGGGGAAGUGUGGCUAGGGCUGCAUAAACAGAAAAAGUGAUUUAACUCCUAAAUGACAGUGAAUUGAGCAGUGAAAUUGCAGGGAAUGAUCUAUACACUAAAACUGCUUUAUUUAGCUAGAGUAAUUUAGGUGACUAUAGUUCCUUUAAGUUAACGGCCAUAAGAAGUCACACUGUUUCACCUUUCUUCAACUAAAGGAAAGCUUUAUUGACAAGUUGCGAAACACACAUGUAGCACUGACCAUGUGGACUAUGGAAAUUGCUUGCACGCUGCAAGUUCAGGGUUGAAAGAUCCCAAGAUUCAUGAAUGACUUAACAUUUUACUGAGGAAAUUUUUUUUUAUUUUUUAUUUGUCCAGUCCUGGCCCCAGUGUAAGAUGUUAUUUUAUUUGGCGCUGUGCAUACAAUUUUGGUGCCAUUUUGACCUUAUAAUGUCUCCCAGAUCUCUGUAAACUGUUAGGCCCCAGAUUCGUUUUUGCAUCGGUAGUAAGGAAAGUAUAUUAGAAAGUGCAUACGCCAGCUGUUUCAGGGCCUUCUGUAUAAAUAAGAGUUUGUUCAUUGUUUCCUUUGCAAUCAAUGGAACAUAUUGCAUUGAUUUUGCUCAUCAAUUAUACAUGUUUUAAAUCUUUUAUUAAUGUAUGUGUAUUUCCAAUAGAUAGAAGCGGGUUUUGAAGAGCAUUUAGAAAUUGGAUAUUCCUUUUAUUUUAAUAUGAAGCUCAUCUAGGUAUUUGAGGAUCUUUCCUGGUGGUAUCAUGUGAUAUCUGAGAUUUAUUAGUGUUCUGUGUACUAUGCAAUACAUUCUUUUUACCUUCUGGAUUGUAAAUACCAUAGAAUUCCUUUGUAUCCAGAAUGUUUUAAGAUUUUAGUUUUAAUACAUCCCUUUUCCUCUGUAUAAAUGUGUAUAAAAAUGUGCUGACAAAUCAUAUUGUUAAUUCGAUCCAUUUACUGAAGACUUACCGUACAUCCCAUAUUUGACUAAACCCGUGUUUUCUAUGGCCAGAUAUUACAUUGUUUUAGCACAAUUAAAGACCUAGUUACCAUCUGUCAGGUGCCUUAUGUUCUAGAAACACGUGCCUCAUUGACUGAGCUUUGUUAACGUUCUAAUCAUUUUGAUUUUACUUCACAGUGAAACCUGACACACUGACGGACAUGGCCAAUCAAAUGACAGAGAAAGUUGGCUUGGUCCAUGGGCUCCCAUAUGUGGCAGACAGGCAGGGCUUCGCUGCUACAUUAGAACAGGUAAAUAAUUACUUCAAAUUGGCAAGUGCAUUGUGCCAGAUGCACCAUUUUGCAAAAUGUAUAGAAAAGUUUAGCAUUGCUUUGCUGUUCUAUAUCUGUUUAUGGCAGCUGGAUUGGAACAUGUGGAAAUGUCUGAGUUAAAUCUAUAUUUCUUUAUUUUCUGUACCUUAGGUUUAUUUUGGGACUUCACAUCCAAGGUCUUACAUCUCUGCCAAUGUAACGGGUUUCAAGUGUGUGACAGGAAUGUCUUGUUUGAUGAGAAAAGAAGUUCUGGAUCAAGCAGGGGGGCUUAUUGCCUUUGCUCAGUACAUAGCUGAAGAUUAUUUUAUGGCCAAGGCUAUAGCUGAUCGGUAAGUUAAGUAGCCUUUGCACCGAUCACAUAUGGAACUUGCUGUGUCUGUGGUAGAGGUACAAGACAGGAAGCACUUCAACUAUUGAGAUGUCCCUCUUGUGACUAAUUCUUCUAUAUUAGCCCACAGUCCUUCAUCUGAGGUCCCUCUGUCACUCCCAUGUCCCGGGAGGGUGACAACCCCCAUUUACUGCUAGACAUCUUAUCUGUAGUGUGAAAUGCAUCAUCACUGACACACCAUCAUGCUGUCCCCACUCAUUCCUCUUAAGUCCUGGUUUCACAAUGGGACUAGUUUUUCUUUAGAAGCUAACACUCCAGUAUAGCUCGUCAUGUGCGAACAAAUCUUGUACUCAUGAAAUAAAAUGUAUAAAUAUAAAAUAAAUGUUUUAUACAUCUAUGUAUGCGCUGAGCAUUCAUUAGUAGUCAUUGGAUGUGGGUUUUUUGGGGUGGGGGGAUGGGGAAAUAAAUUAGAAACUUGCUGAGAAUUAUGGCUAUAUGCCACAAAAAUUUGCUGAACUUGUGGCUUCUCACUAAUGACACUUGAGAUAAGGGCUAAGAAAUUGAUAUGAUUUAUAUUGCGUUCUCUACAUUUAUAUACUCUAAAACUCAUUAUAUGCAAGUUGAAUGCUAAUCGAAUGAAAGGAUAACUUGGACAAAGUGAAAGACAAGCCACGGUUUUUGUUUCUGAUCUGAUUUGUACUCUGUACUCUGUGUAAAACAGUGGCAGAAUAAAAAAGAACAAAUAUGCAGCAUAUUCUCCGAAUUAGGAAAAGAAUGCUAUUCAAAAAAAUCUAGUAAUUCCACAUUGACACCCAGUGCUGUAGCGCUUGGUUUUCUGAAAAACACAAUAUUCAUGGAUAUAAUAAAUAUAUAUGUAAGCAGGUUGUUGAUCCAAAGUGAAAUGUGAUUGCCAUUAUGGAGUCAAGGGAAUUUUAACACGCCACUUUAUAUGGCACAAUUGGCCAUUGCUUUAAUUCUCUCUCCCCCUUUUUGAUCCACAGCAUAAACAAAUACGUUUAAAGGUUGAACUUGAUGGACUUGAGUGUUUUUUUUUGUUUUGUUUUGUUUUGUUUUUUUCUUCAUCCUAUAUCACUGAGUAACUACUUCAUCCUAGGAAGUUUGUAGUGACUGUUAUUUAAAAAUUCUGACCUGCUCUAAAAUGAAUAUAAUAGUUCUUCUUUUCAUAUAGGUUGUAAUGGGUGGAUUUAUACUAGCUUCACAAUCAAAAAUUAGUAUUUCAGGCCAAUGUAUUUUUAGGGAGUAUUGACCCAAACUGAUUGGUUUCUUCUUUUUUAGGGGUUGGAAGUUCUCUAUGGCUACACAAGUGGCAAUGCAGAAUUCAGGCUCCUAUUCCAUAUCCCAGUUUCAGUCACGGAUGAUCAGGUAAAUAGUUUGUUUUCUAGUUUUUGUUUUUUGAUUUCUGACUUUCCAUUAAUGCGUUCAGGUACACCAUAGGAUACUCUCUCUAAACUCGAAACAGUGAGUGCCCAGGAGGAAAUCUUUGAAUCCAAACAAUACAUUGGCCCCAGUGUUAAUGUGCUAAUUGAAAGGCAUUAGACACAGCUGAAAAUAAAAGCGCACUGCUGCUCUGUUUAGAUACUGAUGAGGCACGUGAAUGCGAUGGACAGUUCACAAAUGCAGCUCCUGUUAUGCUCCACACUGGGAAGCUUAGGAUGUUGAAUUCCCUUUGCUCAGAGGAUUAACCUUGCAGAAAACAUCCACACACAGAGAGCCACAAUUGUUUAUUUUUCAUAGACACAGGAAGACUUUCCUUCAGAACAAAUAUUGUGUUCUGUGCUCCUAACAGGAAAAACCUCCUUCCAUUUGUUAUUAAUGGAGUUAAUCUUACAUCCUUUUUACAUCUUUUGAAUCUUUUAGUCAGCGGUAGUCCUGUAUAUUCCUCUCAUUUUGCUUCUCAUGCUGAGCUGAGCUGAGAAAACUCCUAAAACUUAUCAACAAGACAUGAACAAUUUUUAAACCCUAAUGAUGUGUGUACAGUUGCUUACUGAGGAAAUUAAAUGGCAGAAUAGAAUCUGUAGAAAAAUACCUUAAAAGAACACUCCAAACACUUUACUACUGCUCGCUGUAGCCAUUCCCCAUUACUCUGCAGCCUCCAGGAGAGUGUGAAAAUCCUGCUUACCUGUCUGUUAGCUCUUUUAAGCAAAGCUCUGCACUCAACUUGGCUGUAUUGGUGACACGGAGUUGGACCUGUCUUAUCCAAAGUAAGAAGUCGAACAGUCUUAAAUGGUUUGACUACAUACAUUGAAGAGUUGCCGGUGCUCUCAUGGCACCAUAACCACUACAGCACACUGUAGUGGUUAUAGUGCAUAGUCUCCAUUUAAUAGCUCUGUUGGGGUAGCUAUUAUAAACGUGCUAUUUUAGUAGAAGUUGAGGGGUAAAGUAGUGUGAGUAAUCUGUAUUAUAUUUCUCCAACUUGGAAAUUCUGGAAAAUAUAUAGCCUGCAUAUAGGUGUUUAUUAGAAUAAUUAGUAAUAAGCUUUCAUUGAGAUAUGGGGGCAUGGCAUUUACAUUCUGAUGACUCUUAUUCAAUACUUUUAGUGAUGGUUACACUUGACAGUGUGAGAUAUUUAGACUCUAAUGAUGCUUGAUCAGCUUCUACAUAUUGCUUUACAACACUGCCAAUAGUUUUAAAAUAAAUCUAAAAAUAUAACGUAUGUUCCGAUAAGAUCCCUCAGACUGGUUUAAUAUUUUAUUUAUAUUGCACUCUUAGAAGUCCUAUUUGUUCAGCCAAAUUUCUUAAUGCAGUCUCUUUAAUACAUAUGUUUACAUGCUGUCUUUCAGGUGGGCAAAACUGCGGAUUAACAUGCUUCCUGCCACAAUCGUCUGCGAACCCAUCUCUGAAUGUUUUGUUGCCAGUUUAAUAAUUGGCUGGGCAGCACAUUACAUCUUCCGGUGGGACAUCAUGGUGUUUUUCAUGUGUCACUGUUUGGCUUGGUUCAUAUUUGAUUACAUUCAACUUCGUGGUGUCCAGGUAUGGAAGUUUUAUAUACAUAAGUUAAAAGCUAUGUAAUACUUAAAUCUUUUGUAUCCGUUACCAAUCCUUUUGAAGAACUGGGUUAGCAUUGGAAGGUUCAAGGUAGUAUACUUUAAUGGAUAGAUUGUCACAUAGGAAUGGUGUUCUUGGAAACUGUGACUGCUUUGCAAUGGCAUCCGAUUUAAUUUCAAAAUCCAAUUGUAGAAUUUACUAGCAACCAUGCAGUGUAGCUCAGAUGCUUACUGUUGCUUCCAUGUGAUGGUGUUGCUAAAAGUGGAGCUGUUGACACAUACAUUCUAUUGGUUUCCAUGGUGAUUGCCCCACUAGAACUUUGUGCCUUUUGAUUCCAAAGUAAGUGGUACGGUGUUUAGCAAAUCUCUAUCAUAACAUGAGGGAUAUGUCUUUUAUAUUUAAGGGUUAAUAUAUUAAGUUUGAUCUGUGUCUAUUCUUCUGCAACCUUCUCAGAAUAAUUCUGUCGUGGUCUUGUUUCGUUCCUUAAUUGCAGAUCUCAUUUAGGAACAAGAUAUACACGUUGCCCCAAUCUGGUUAAUAGAACACCUAACACAGUAACAACAAUGAGUAAUUAUUUCUGAAAUUAUUGAAAUUCAUAUAACAACCAUAGUGUAUUUUCCCUAUCCCCAUCCGUCUACUUUUAAUUUACUUCAGUACAUCUGAAACACAAAAGCCGUUGAGUCACUAAACAUUACACACGAAAAGGCAGUAUUGACUGAUUACAUUUUUGAAAAUAACCUUCCUGUAGCAGUGGGACUACUCAAACAUUUCACCAUUGAUGGCUGGAUGAAGAUACUUCCUGUGCGCGAAUAGACUUACUUUGGUGCCUAAUGUUUUCCGCAUGUCAUUUUAUAAGCUGGAAAAAGAAGCAUUUAAGUGCUCAAAUGUGAUUAAUGAUGUAUGUGAGCUCUUACAAAGGGUAGUGUAUGACUGAGCCAUGUGUUCACGUUAUUUGAUCCCUAUACAUUGAUCAAAGAAGGAUCUAGAGAACAAUUGAUUGCUUUUAGUUUGGCAUACCAUCUAGCAGUGAGCUAAGAAUACCCUUUUGCCUUUCUUGCAGGGAGGACCGCUUACGUUUUCAAAAUUGGAUUAUGCAGUUGCCUGGUUCAUACGAGAAUCCAUGACCAUCUACAUAUUUCUCUCUGCCUUAUGGGACCCCACUAUAAGCUGGAGGACAGGACGCUAUAGGUUACGAUGUGGGGGCACUGCAGAAGAAAUCCUAGAUGUAUAGCUGUGGACCUGUGACUGUAUAUAUAGAUAUAUAAAUAUUAAAAAAAAGAAAAGAGACAAAAAAAAAAUAUAAAAUGAAAAAGUAUUAUAAAUUGUUUAUACAAAUGCUUUUAAAGGAAAAAAACUACCUUUUGAAUAGUUUUAUUACAUGUAUGUUUUGCUAUCUGAUGUUUAAUUUAUUUUGCAUGGCACUUGAAUCUGUGAAAACAAACUGUUUUGUAACCUGGACCAUAUGUGGGGGCGAUAAAUGUUUUGUUUGCGUACACUGGGAGAAAACCUGUAAUCAUUAGAAAUAUUCUGCAAUAAACUGCAUGGGAAGCAAAUAAUAAUUCUUCCUUUACAGUUUGAGGAAAUAAGAGGAGCUUAUCUUGGGAAAGGUUAAUUGUAAUCUCCUCUCAGCUGAUGCCCUUUUCAGGUAGGGGAAUAUAUCCUUAAUCUUUGAUUGCUAGAAGGAUGGUUCCAGAUCCCUCUAGUAUUGCAAUGUGAAUGGAUAUUUAUAUUUAAAAAAAAAAAAAAGUGCAUUUUUAAUGAUUAUUGCAUAUUGAUUAUUGCAUAUUUUUUUUAUUUCUAUUUACUUAAAUUACACUUAUAACACAGUCUGCACUGUUAGUCUUUGACAUUGGAGUCCACUAUUCUACUCACUGAACAGCUUAAAGGGCACGUCAUGCCAACUUGCCAGCAAAUAUUUUAAUAUCUACCGUAUGCCAACUGCAUAGAAGUAAAUUCUAAACAAUAAAGUAAACAUAUGGCUGCAUGCAUUAUUAUACAGCCUCAUUCCAUGUCUUGUAGCCAUUCUGAACUGUACAAUUCACUAUGUAGUAAGAGGUAGAGGCAGAAAAUCUGCCUGCACUGAUUCAAUAUGUAGUAACAGUAUAACCGCGCAGUGAAGGUCAAAGCAAGAAAAAAAAUGGAGUAAUGCGGAGCUCUAGAAUUCAAUGGGUGCAUGUGCAUCCAAAAUCUGACAUCCACAUUUCUGUGAAGUGUAAAGUUUAAUCUGGAUAUUUGCUGGUGUUUUUGCUGGCACAACGUAUAGAUUACAUUUUCUAAAUUAGCUGUAGCAGACGUUAGUGGAUGGCUCCUUUUAUAUAGAUAUAUUUGAUUGUGUACAUGCUGCAAACAAAACAUUUAAUAACAGCCCUUUACUAGAUUUCUAAUGUGCCGUUUGGCUACCUCUGCGGAGUAAAUCUAAUUGUCAAUAGAUAACAACUUGUUUGUGAACUGGAUAAAUUCUGUACAAACACGCAAAGUGUUUAAUAUUGACCUGCAUUGUUUAGAACAAUGGGAUUUUCUUCCUAGCUGUUACUGCAAUGAGCCAAAAGUAGACUGUGUUUAAUGGUUACCUACAGCCAAUCAUGCCCACAUAUAUAGGCAACCUGUGACUCCACAGCUAUUGUAGAAAUGCAACAUCCAUCAUCUAAAGCCCACCUAUUCAAGGCUACAGAUAUGCAGAGGUUGACUCACUUCUGCUGUAAAAGAUCUUUGAUUCAUGGUCCAUUUUAAGACCAUUGCUUGUUAUGCUAUAAAUGGCUUUAUCCCUUAGCACUAAGUUUCCUCCUGGUGAGGUAAUUUUUGAUUCAGUAUGCUUAUUUUUUAUUUUUAUUUUUUCCCCUUCUUUUUACAAAUGCAAGAAUACAGUAGACAAACCAUUUCACACACAAACUAUUUUCGUACGCCACAUACAAAUUGUUAAUAAAAAAAGGAAUUUUGAGACACACUUAGUAUAUUUUUUAAUGCAUGUAUACUACUCAAAAUGGAAAUCAUAGUAAAUAUUGUAAAUAUAUAAAUAUAUAUAUAUUUAAUAUGUAUUUAAAUAUAUAAAGUAUGAAUGUACAUAUGAAUUUAAAGAACGCUACACUGUCUUUAAUUUAUUAGCUGUCAAACAAGUCUACUAUUGGGUUGUAUGCUUUAACAUAGUUGAAUUUUGUUAUUACAUUUGGAUAUUUUUUAUUUGUUUACUUGUAUAAUGACUAAAAAAAAAACAACUUACCAAACUGUAUAUGCAUGCUGUAUAUUCGUUCCUGCAACGGUUUUGUAAUCAUUGGCUUUAGUUUAAACCUGGUCUAGUUUUUCUUGAAACUGUGGUGAACUGGACUACUGAUGGUUAUGUACAUGCACAUUGAAGAAGUGAAUAGAAUGCAAAUAAGCCUUCAAUAAAUAUAGAUACAUGAGUUAUGUUGUGCCCCAUCCCUUUUCAAGCAUUAUUGCAAUCGCUGGUGUCAUAGCUACUUAUUACAAAGUGGCAAGUAUUUAAUGUCGGAGAUCUUAAUCUACCUUUUUUAAUAGCAAUAAUGAUCUCCAAUUCAAAUAACUGGGCAGUUAAUUACCUUUACUGAGCCAAUAUAUUGAAUUGCCCAAAUGUUGAUAAUCACACACCAAAUCAAGAAAGAUCUAUGGCCAAAUCUGUUUUAGCCAGCUUUAAUGCUUUUUUUGCCUUAGGACAUCAUAUUUUAUGUUUGGGCAUUUAUAUUCAGAAUCAGUGGGGUAAGGCUUUUGUUUCAUGUUCACUUUCUUUUAAUGAAUCAGGGAAGAUUGUCCUUGAGGAAAUAGCACAUUACAAGCCUGUCUAGUGGUGACCCACGAGUGCGCACCAUGAAGCGCCCUUCAAUUUUGUUAACGUUUCUGUGUAUAGUUUUUGUUUUGUUUUUCCGAUGUGUGUGUGUUGAAGUUUGGUUGAUGCCAUCCGUUACACUGCAAGGAGGAUCUCCAGUAUAAACGUCUGGCUGGGCGAUCGCCAAUUUGUAAGCAGUGUAUCUACAAAAUGAAGGUUGAACAGACUUCCGUUAUGUUUUCUAGAUAUUACUAUAUUUCUAAUGAUUUGAACUUCUCAUAGAUCUGCUCAUUGAAGGAAAGUUAAACUUUCCUAAAGCACAGUGCUGAAUCGUUUUGUGUUUUGUUUUUUGACGACUUUGUUUUCAGCGUUCAGAAACAUUGCAAGCAGAAUAUUUGAAUUCCAAAUUCUGUGUUAAUUUAAAAUGGUCUUAAAGUAGAUGCAAAUGGGUGAAUGUCUAGAAUAUUCAAUGUUUAUUUAAAUUUGUUUUGUUUUUUGUUUAAAAAAAAAUAAAUUUUGAUUACUAUCAGA